AGCACUCUGCUGGUCUCUCUGCCAAUACAAGCUCCUCCACGGGGAGGAGGAGGAGGCGGAGGAGGAGGAGGAAGAAGAAGAGAACUACAGCUCGUGAUCGCCUUCAGAGUGUUGCCUGUUUCUGUAGGGAGAUAGUAGUCAUGACAGCCUCACACACCGGCCGGUAUCUCCUACAGCAACUACGUCCUGAUUCUGCUCGAUUCAGGCGCGUCGCUAUGCUUCCAGUUCCCCUCUUUGUGGAGCCUGGUGUCCCGCAGUGACCAUCGAUUUGCUCCCGGACUGCAGCAAGUCUGUGCUCGGUGAACCCAGACAGCUCGGGCAUGCCACUGGUCUCGACAGAAAACAACAUCUGGAGCAGAAUUCGCCUCAUUACCUGAAGAGUGAAAGUUGGUGCAAUGGAGACUCCGGGGAGUGAAGCUGCGGUCACCGUGCUGGGGAGAGCUGAGGAGGGAGACGGCUUAUAUGAUCUGGAGCAUCUGCCCCCACUGCUGGAGGAUGAGGUGAGACAUGAAAUCAUCGUUUCAUCGGCAUGUACUUACUCUUCAGGGGCAGUGAUUUAACAUCAUUGGGAACCAUGUUUGACCGCGUUAAUAUGUCCAGUGUCCUUACAUGUCCUCUCUCACUGACUUCGGGUUAGGUCCCAUUUUUUUCAUCGACAGAGCUUUCACAAAUACCAGUCAUUGCCCACUUCUUCAAAAUGCAUUAGUGAUUAAUAUGUAGGCUUGGAUUAUAGCUGUGAUUGAUUUACAUAGAGCUGCACAUGUAAACAUAUCAAACAUACAUUUGUUUUAUUAACAGUUGUUAAAAAAGUUGGAAACUUUAGUAUUACAUUUUUAAAGAAGCUUGGUACAAAUAUGGCCACAGUGAUGCCAGUAAUUAUUAUUUUAAUCAAUCAAUACUGAACUCUCAUUUUCCAAACAACAAGGACAUUUUUCAUCAUUUUUUGAAAUGAUAAAUACAUUUCCUUGAUCUCACUUUUCUGCAGGGUUGGAUUUGGGCACAAAAUCUGACCCUCCAUUUUUGGCCUAUAUAAAUCUCAAACAUGUGGUCCAAUAGCAUGAAAGAGCAUUUACAUUAUAAGAACUCUGACUUUAUCUAAAUGACAGUACCGGGCAAAAGUACUUUAACUUGAAGUAGAGUAUUUCCUCAGUGUGUCACAGCACAGCUAAAGAUGCAGCCUAAUAUACAGGUUUUUGGACCUCAUCUUUAAAAAAAGAAGACUUACAACUUUAUAUUUAUAUUUUCACAACUUUUUGCAUGGGUUUAUUUUCUAUGUAUAUGUUCAUGUAAAUAUUCACUUGUUAAGGGUAUAUUUCGGGCCAAACACAGUGUAACACCGAGUUAGACAACCAAUUGAGGGAUCAAUGUUGUCGACCGCUUGCUUGUCUAAUUAUACCAACUUUAGUAACAACCGCAGGAAAUGCAAUCAGAUUGAGAUGCUAAGGCAGAAGAGCUACCGUGUCUGCAGUGCAAAUUGAUUGAUAUGUGGAUUAUUACUUCAAGGAAAUGACAACGUAAUGAUCAUAAAUGUUCUUCCUUGGGCUGCGUCACCCCACUGUAGUCGAUGAACUCCCCAGGAGGUCUCUGUACAAACAAGCUGCUGCUGGAAGAAAGUGGGUGAGUUGUGUUUAGUCUCUUUGCUAAAGAAAUUAGGCAAAGCUAAAAAGAUGUUUGAUGGCUAGUGCUAUGGCUGGGAGCCUAUCUGUACUGUUGAUGAAGUUAGGCGCUGUUCUGAGCAUUAUUUGUGGCUAUAGAGUGGCUUUUUGGUUGAGCGCAUGGCUCUCUGUAUUAGUAUGGUGCGGUCAUUACUAAAGUUGGUAUAACUAGACAAGCAAGUGGUCGGCAACAAUUAUCUCUCAAUGGGUUGUCUAACUUGGUGUUACGGUGUGUUUGACCCUAACUUAAUUUUACGCUGGAAUAUCCCUUUAAUGCUCAUCAACACUGCACAUUUGUUCUCCAUGCUCACUCAGUCCUUCUGCUUUACUAACACACGCCGGACACUGCUCUCACAGAUGUUCCUUUUCAUUAAGAUAGGUUUCUGUAUUAACAACAAGUUUUGUCAACACACAGAUCAACUCCUGUCAAAAUGGAACCUUGAGUGAAACUUUUCGAACCUCCAGUUGUGUUGAAUGGAUGACUUUGUACAAUUAUCUCUCUAUGGAUAUUAUCGACAGAGCUGAAACAUGCAGGUAGAGAGAACAGGAACACACAUUUUAGAUCUCUGUAAUCACUGUCAGACAUUUAUGAGUAACAGUGGAGAGGUCAAACUGCAAUCAAGACUAAAAUUUAAUUCGUUGUGCAGUCGUAUUUUAAAGUAUAUUUUCAACAUUGAAAGACAUAGAUUUUACACGACUGUUACCGAAAUAUCUUCUUCGCUAUGACAGUCUAACUUGAACUUAAACCAAUGAAGUAUUGUCUUGAGAAUAAAUCUAUCAAGUAUUUGAUCAUCAGAAGUCAGCAGAAGACACCACUAAAAUAAGUAGAUGACAAAAUAACAAAAGAGUGCUUUGUCCACAGGGGGCACCAAAAUAGACACCAACCAAAAGUUCCUUACAGGAGUUUUAAGUUAAUCACCUUAACUUUAAGGAUGAGUCAUAGUGUGUAACGUUACCUAAUUUGUGUCCAAAUUGCCCUUUUCAUUGCAUUUGAUCAGUUGUUUUAAGUCUAUAGUUACCUUAGGAAAGAAAAAGUCAUUUUCAUAAUCUGUUUAAGGAGUAGAUACACCUUCAGGAGUGAAAAAAGUUUGUGCAAAGAGCCCAAAACUCACAUUUUAUUGCUUAGGCCAGAAAUGAGUUAAACCAAUGGUUGCAUAAUUAGUCUAAUUAUAUGUAAAUCGAUGACAAAGUGGACUACUUUGUGGAUGAUUAAUUGACUUUGUGAUUAUUUUCAUAAUGAGUUUAUGGUCUUAAUUGCUAGUUUCAAGUCCUCUUUAAUCUUCUUUUGGAAAUCCAUCAUCUGCACUAAAAGACACUGUGGAGGUCAAGCAGUUAUUUUGUUGUUUUUACAUAAAUAUCUUGGUUCAUCCAUUUCCCAUCCAAAUGUGGUCGCUCCGUGACCCAAAAUACAAAGAUAGCAGCAUUCUGGUUUUAGAAAAUGUCCAUUAAAACAUUUAUCCAUUUAUGAGUGAUUCAUUCUUCCACUGUGUCUCCAACAACAUUCUCAUGACAAACUUGGAGCUCAAACUUAUGUAGGACAGCAGAUUUAACUGGAGGGGGUCGAGAGAGACUCGCAGCUUCCCUCUGCACUGUUCUCAGGGGAAACUCUCUAUUUAUGGGGACGCUGCUGCUGCUACUGCUACUGCUCUGCUCCUGUUUGAAGUGGCACUUCCUUGCCCUGUAAUUGUGCUCUGCUCCUUUACUUCCCAGAAAUAUGCUUUGUUCACAGUCUUCCGCAAGUCUCCUGCACCUCAGAGAGAGUCAUCAUGCGAGACAGAUAGACCCUUCUGCUGCUGUCUUCCAGAGAUAAUGCAGUGAUUGAAAAGUUUUCAUUCAUUUAAACUUAUAUAAGACUAAAAAUAUGCUUCCAAUGAGACCGAGAGGCACCCUGCUGUGGUGUAAUUAAUGCAGAGGAAGGAAAAAGUUGAUGGUAAUGGAUGUAGUGGACAGUUGCUGCUUUGUUAAAUCCCUUCCUGCCUUCUAUCUCCUCUCUCUCUCUCUGUGAAGGACAGCUUUUGUGUUCACAUGCGAAGCGAACUGAAGAUCCUGCAACAAUCUGACCACAGCUUUAUGCUGCAUGGAAACUGUGAGAUCACAACUUGGAGAAAUGGGCCAUGUGGUUAGAGUGGAUCACAGAUGAUGUAUGUUCAUGUGGGUGUAAAAGAGCCGCAUGGCAUAAAAAGUCUGCGUGUGUACAGGAUGCCUUUUUUUUAUGUGCCAAACGCCCUUGCUGUUGAAAAAAUAAGGGGAUUUUCUGCUGCUGUACUUAAAAAUUAGGACAAUGUUCAAGGUGUUAUGUAAUCGCAUACAUUCCUAAUUAAUGUCACAGUUUCUUCACAGGAACAUAACACUUUUACAUAACAGAAAACUUCGCUGUCAAUGCAGCAAGUGAGGAACUUAAUUCCUCCAUGUUCAGAUUGCUGCUCAGGCUCUUUUCUCUCAGUUUAUUGAUUGAGUUUUUUUUUUUUUAUUAAAUGAAAAAUGAGAUUCAGACUGUCUAGUGCAAAGAUGCCAGUUUGUGCUCACUAAAGUUCAGGUGGAACACAGUAAAAUCAGGUGUGGACAUCAGAGACUUCUUUUUAAAUAGUUCUCAGUUGGCUAAAAUAUGACAAUGACAAUGUCAGUAUGUCUGAAAACACACCCGUAAUGUCUAGUUUUGAUAAAUUGUUUGUCAGGGAUGUGCUAGUUGAGCUGACUUUUGGAUUGAGUAUUGUCUCCCUGGCUAGUGGGCACCAGGAUUACCAGUCAUUUCUCAGUAUUUUUGUCACUGUAGGUCCGAAGUGCCAAUAUUUUGUGCCAUAAAAGCAUCUUUCUGCCGCCAAGAGCGGUUUAAGCUCCAAUAAACGGCUUCUAUCAGAAUGCAAUAAAGAACUCUGCUCUUGGGUUGUUAACAUGCAUAGAUAACAGAUAGCAUCCCAUCCUGUAGCGUGACACAAAUAUGGCAGUAUUUUUUGUAUUCAAACAUGAAUGUGUCUGAUUAAACUGGUUUAUAAUAACUUGGCACAGGCAUGAGGAUGUUAAGGAGGACCAAAGGCUGGUGGUUCUUGCUCUGCUAUGGUUAGCUGCACUUGGGAAACUCUAUCUCAACGGUUGCGUGACCUUCAGUAGCUGGUUGACAGUGCUUUUAGCUUUUGGGAUCGCUUUACAUAAUAAAAAAGCACAAGUGCCUGUCAUUUGUAAAAGUAAUGUGGCACUUUGAGAUUCAAUAGUACCCACCUCUUGACUAUGUAAAGAUGAUACUUUAAUGUAUUUUUACUUUUCAUACAGAACCAUAAGUCUGUGAUUUUAGGGCCGUGAUGCUCACAAAAAUCCUCUGAGACACCAGGAAAAAGAGCAGUUUUUGAACACCCCCACUGAAGAAAAGACUGCACAUAUGCUGGCACUUCAGCUGUGCAGCUCUGAUAACAAAGGUUGAAUUACCCCGGAUGCUCAUACAGUUGACUGAUACCUGACAGACAGCAGCCUUACGCCUAUAUGCAGCCUCUUUACUGAGUCCUGGUAUCCUCCUAUUUUUUUAUUCAUUAUUAAUGUAAAAACAACCCAGAGGGUGAUCAGUCGAUAAAAUACACUGACUACAUAUAGAGACAAUCUGGUACCUGUGGCUAGGUUUGGACUGGUAAUCUGGCACUCCCUGCAUAAGGCAGAUGGACUGAUCUACUUAGUGAGGGGUCAGGCUGUGAUGGCACACUUGAUUUUCAGCAUACAGGGUUACAGCGUUGCACCGUGUCUGUAGAGUUAUCAUUGAGUAUCAACAGUCAUUAGCUCAGUUUGAAUUUAUCUAUUUAGUCUUUAAGUUUUUGAGGUUGUGACUGUUAUUAUAAAGUGAAAAAAAUAGAGGAUCUUAUAGUGAUUCAUUGCGCCGUAAAAUGCACAGUUGCAGUCAUGACUAAGUGAGAAAUGGGUGAUUUGUGAAGUGCUUCUCUCCUGCUGCAGGGCAGAUUUAGUCAUACUGAUCCCCUCUGACCCCUACAAAUGGAUAUGUCUGAGGUCAAGUAGGAAAUCAUCUGAUGAAACACUUCAAAAAGAGUUCAAUAGAAAUACAAAUCAAAUGUAUGAAUGAAGAGUUGAAAAGUUUUCAGCUGCAGCAGCAGAGACAGCAUGAACUCUGACAGUCUAUCUGCACCAUCAGGAGGGAAAAAGGAAAAAUUGAUUUAAAUCCUAAUGGAUGAGCAGGAGGUGUGUAAAAACUUGCCAAGGCUAAAUUUUGUUCACACUUAGAGACUGUGUGUGCUUGUUACAUACUGUGCCUGUGAAAGCUUUGUCCAGCUUAUUCUUUUGAACCAAGUGGACUCACUGGGUGCUGUACCUGCUAGUCUCUGCACUGAUCAAGCUGCUUAAACUCUGUCUGUGCACUAAUCAAAUUGCACUGAAUAGUAUUUGAGUCACUGAGUGGCAUAAAGGUAGAUUUUUUUCCCCCAAAACAUCCCUUAAAAGAGCUGCUCCUGCUCCAUAUGUCAGUGUGUUUGGAGAAGCAACUAUUAAAGUCCUUUGGUCCAAAAUCUUCAAAAUAACACUAACGUUUACAUUUACUUUUGAAUACCGCCUGUCAUUGACCCUUUGAGUUGGGCAAAAGUGGAGGAAAAGACUUACUGCCACCACUUGUUGGCCUUUCAGGUGCCUGAAUAAUAGAGGAAGUAACAGGAAUGCCUCAUAAUUGAGGAGGCAUAAAGACUAAUGUUGGUUCUCUCCACUAUGCUAACUAUUUAGCACAUGGACUCACGUUAGCUUCGAUAGCAAAACAAAUGGGAGGAAACUGUUAAUCUGUCGUCCUCCUGUGUAUGAUUGCCAUAGUAAACAACCACAAAUAUAAAGACAUCUGUGGUCUUAGUGGUCCUCAGCUUGUCUUUGCCAAGACAGACUUGUUUUUCCAUCUGGUGUCAGUGUCUGGCUAUUCUACCUUUUGGCAGUCAUGCCUGAUCAUCCAUCUCUUAGGGUGAGCCAGUCCCAUCCUUACAUUUGUAGCAGUCUUUCUUGAUCCAGCUCUCUAAGUAAAUUCAAAUAUUCAGAGAAAUCUCCUGUCACAGUUGAAACAAGCUCAAAAUAACUUGUGUGUUAAAGCUGCAGAGUGUUUCUGCAUUUGUUUCCCUCUUAUUUGCCUCCAGCUAACCUCUGCACGCCAAAAAACAUCAUACAGAUUACUAACACGAAACGUCUAUAUUUGGGAUUCUGGUUUCUUGGAAGGCUAAAAAAAUCCAAGUUAAAAAAAAAAAAGCAUUCAAAAUUUUUUAAUUAUUUAUAACUAUGCUAAAGCUUGUAACAACAUCCUGAUUUAAGUGGGUAACAUCAUACUGUCUCUUAGCAAACAGAUGCAGAGCGGUGCUGAGAGAAAGAUAAAAAUAUAUUCCAGUUCAUUUGGAUGAAGUUUAUUUCUCUGGCCUGUCUAAUAGCUGUUUGUCUGUGUGAGUUUGAGAGCUCUGAACAUAACCAGUCUUUACUGAUGGAAAUCACAAAGUGACUGCUCCAUGAGGUUGACUGAUGUGGCAAAAAGUCUCUAUAUUAAAGGCAGCAAAUGCAGUUUUUUCAGCUGUAGCACUAUUUAGCAUUUUUUUUGUAUUAAUUAAUCUUUUUUCGCCCAAUCGAAGCAGAUUGUGGGUCUGCAGCUCAACUUACCGACUGCCAAGCUCUAAAGCCACAUGACCAUAUGUCCAGUCCAUCUGCGUAGGUGAACAGCCCCAGUGAAAUCUGUGUGGAAGAAUUUGAUUAACGGGGUUGACCUUUUUAAACAUUUUUUGUCGUUAUCAUUUUCCUGUGCUCAUCUGGUGCUGAGUCAUACUGCCAGCAGGUUGAGCAAAUUAACCAAGACAUUCCUACUUCUAGCAAUAUUUCCCAGUUCACCUGAGGGGCAAAGUACCCCCGGGCCAAAUGAGGGACUUGGACCCUUUGCUGCCACCAUAGCGUUUCAGUGAGGAUGCUCUCAGGGUGAACCGGUCCAAGUGUUAAGACUACAAGCAACAGGAGUCACAGCAUCUUGCUCUGAAACAGGAAACUCUGAAACAUGGUCCCUAAAAAUACUUGUAGCUAUAACCACUCAGCCUUCAGUGCAGCUGACUUAAUGCAUAUGGCAGGUAAAAGCAGGACAGAAAAGUUUCGGCUCUCUUCAAAUGCUGACCUUUUUGACAGACAUGAGCUAAACCAAUAAGCAAAGUUCUUUAAAGCUUGUGAAGUUGUACCUGAGAUUUUGACCCCUUUGAUAAUCCUCUUCUACAUGCACCUUUGCAGAAGGUGACUCUUGUCUCCAUCUGAAGAAAAAUGCUGCCACCGGUGUUUGUCUGACAGUCUUUGCAUUCAAGGGUCCAGUUCUGAGGUAUGACUUGCCAGAGGAGAUCAAGACUGAAGCUGCUGUUCCUUCCUUUAAAUCACUUCAAGCUCCUGUGCCGAGAUUUUUUGGCUUGUUAUGAAACAGGCUGAAAUCAAUACUGAUCUCUAGGGCUGUAGUCAACCAAAGAAAUUCUUGGUCGACUAAAACCCUGAAAUUUUUGGCAAACCACCGGACGUUGAUUAAGGUGGACGCUCUUCAAUCUUCCUGUCUCCAGCCAGUCUCCAGUGGGUUGGGCGAAUCCAAAAUGGUAAAAACAAGGGUGGUGUUCUGAGACAGGCUGUUCUCUAUGAAACAGGGUGCUUUAAAAACACCCCCACUAGCACUUAGCAUGUACCUCCUUAUGAAAUUAACCAAAGACUAUAAACUGACACGGAAAACAAUCAAGUCGACCAAUCAGAAUUUUGGUCGCCUUAGCAUGUAUCGACCAAUAAGUAGACUAGCCCUACUGAUCUCUUGUUAUGACCCACAAGAGCAAACAAGAUCAUGAGCGUACAGUUUUUUUUUUUUUUUUUUUUUUACCUCUAUGUGGUUACUUGUAACUUCUGAAACCACCGACAGGGUUCAGGUAUGAUUGUUAGCAGUGAUUGUUAAGAAGUUAUAUAUAUUAUAGAGCAUGUUUCGUAAGCACAUCUUGGUCUUGUACAAGGCAAAAACAGCAAGGAGACGAAAGGUACAAGAUUGUCCACAAGGGGCGCCAAAUAGACUAGAGCAGAAGUUUCUUACAAUGGCUUUAAAGAACCUGCUCUCCCAAAGAUUCACAUCUUUCUGCUUUCUAAAAUUGUUCCUGUUUGACACCUUUUUUAUUAAAAUGAAUUACAUUUUUCUAAAUUUAUCCAGUAAAUUUUUAAUGUUUGAAUAUUUUAUUAAAGUGCCCUGUGAGUGUAUUUCAAAAAGUGCAUGUAAAUUAAAGUUUAUUUUUGUUGUUUCAUAACUGUAACACACAGACAAGUUAAGUUCUUUUACUAAAAUCAUCAUAUAGAUGCAUAAAUGUUAAUGUUUACAAUUUAUAUUCAGCGUCUAAUUGACCCCUUUUCAGUCUUGUUAAAGCCACGUUUUUGUUUGAUUUGAGGGUUUUACUCUUACAGGGAAAAAAUUCUGUGCACAUAAAGAAAGAUCAUUGGAAGUUCUCCUCAUCUUGUUGAGUCUACUAAAUAACUUUUUAUAUAAACUGUUUUUCUGUGUAGUUUGAAUAAGUUUUACAUAUUUAUUUUUUAUGUACUUUAUUUGUGUGACACAUCGCCAUGGUUACAUUAAGUUUCUGUUCAGUGGGAGUGAGGGGAGAUGGUCCCAAAGUUUGCCGCAGUAUCUGAAACGUCAAGCUUGACGAAGGGUGCUUCAAUGAGCUGUGAGUGUGAUGUCAAACAGAGUUCACUCUGCAGAGAAGUGGGAGUGGAGAGGGGCUGCUUUUAGAAAUCCCCUUUCACUUUGUUAUUAAGCAAUUUGUCAGGACACACACACACACACACACACACACACACACACACACACACACACACACACACACACUGUAUUGAUUUGUGGUGAGUAAAUGUUGGCAGAACUUUUGUCUCUUCAUUAGAAAAUCCCCACAGGUCACCAACACUGAAUCAUUGCUGUGUUAUGUAGAGCCCAGGAGUUUAAUUGUUGGGUCAAGGUAAACUCUUGCCCUGCCGCAAAGAGUGAUGAAGUCGGACACUUUGAGUUUGCACGCCCUCGUUUUGAUAAUCCUGAUCUACUUUGGCGAGCUGGCUGCUGAGCCUGAGAGAGCAGGGGGUGUUUCAAAACUCAUAUGGUGCAUUGAGUUGCUUAUGACGUGAAAUCUGAUUCUGACAUGAAAGUGUUUAAUAUUCUCUGUAUGAAUGUCCACCAUGAUGGGCACCGUGCAUUGUACAAGUUUAUCAUCAGAUGUCUUAUUUCAUCUGUACAUGUUUCUGUUUGUGUGUCUGCAGGAGAAUGUGUCCCUGGCCGACAUCCUUUCUCUGCGGGACAGCUGUCUGUCCGAGGAGGAGGUGUGGGCGGUGUGUGCAGAGUGUGUUGUUGCUCUGCAGAGCAUCAGACCGUCCCACCUCUUUCACACCCUCUGUAUCACACCCGACACUCUGGCCUUUAACGCUCAUGGGAAUGUUUGUUUCAUGGAGCAGCUCAGCGGUGAGUCUACAGCAUGGACACACUCAUAUUUGUGCAAUAAUUUAACCGCUUUUUGAAUGUUGCAUGUUUUUGCGUGUUCGGCUAAUUUAAUUCAUGUCAGAAAGAAGAAUUCAGAGAGCAGAUGACAUUAAGGAUAAGAUCAGAACUGCACAGUUUGAAUGUGAUUUCUCAUCACCUCAGUUUAAGCUCUGUUUGACUCAGGAAAGGCUCCUCUUUCUCUUCAGUGAUUUCUUGCUCUGAUCGCUAUCAGUUUAAUUUGCAAAUUCCUGCUUGAAAGGACUCUUUCUGCGUCUGACUGGACCUGUCAGGCUCUGCUAAAGUCUGAUUUGGCAAAACUGCAUUUUUCUCCUUCAAAGACCUUUCUCUUGUUGGUCUUUUCUCUCCAUUUAUACACUACAUAUCCUACUCUAUUUCAUCUAUUUUAUGUGCAAACACAUUCACACACAGUGGCAUGUGCUUUUUCCAUCUCCUGAUGCCGAUGUCAGAAAUUGAUCUGCAUUGAUUAGAUCAACAGCGUGAGAGCUGCCAGGGGGAGGGUUGUUGUUGUUGUAACACAGUCAGCGUGUCAUUCUCUUAGACUUGUGUAUCCAUUUGCCUCCACACUUUAUCUUAGGUCAGUGAUGGAGACACUUUAAAGAGAUGUUUGAUGAUGGUGAGCUUAAAUCUUUCACAGCCUCAUUUGUGGUCACGCUUUAAUGGAUUGUGUUCUCUCCUCCAUCUCUGAUUCAUCCUGUGAAGGGGGAGCCACAGUGCCAACAUAGACACUUGAAAAUUUUCUUUUAUGUGCUAAUAUACAAUUUCUAAUACAUAGGAGAACAAAGCGUAGAAAUAACAUUAUAAUUUCUGUGAAGACCCCGUUUGAAACCAGUUUAUGUUUCAAGAACCUAGAGACCAGUUUGGGGCAGGUAACUCAAAACCUAUAAAUCGUAACAAACAUCACUUACUGCUUUGAAAAAAAAAAAGAAGAAGCUAAAUCACUGGGUGAGUUACUAAAUUAUAAUAAUAACUCAUGUGUUGCUUUCAUGUGCUUUAAUAAUAAUAUUUAUGUGAAUAUUUAAAGUAAGGGAACCAACCCCCAAAAAGGCUCCAGUUGUUGGGUUGUUGGAUCCGACCAAAACAGACAAUAGUAAAAAUAUCAGGUUUAUCACAGGUGUCUUUGGAAAUCAAGCUCACGGUGACACCGAAUGUGGAUCAGAUGUGUACGGACUGUCUGCAGCAGUUAUGUAAUAGUUCACUCUGAUGUUAAAUUAGGAUUGAAAUUAGAUUGAUUGUUCAGCACUAUAACUAGUCAUUACAAACUCUGUUGCUGUGAAGUGUCCUUUACAACUUUUGUGUUGUCAAGAUGUUAGAGCUUGAAAACAGAACAGAGGACACACAACAUAUUUUAUUUUCAACUCUUCGUUCAUACAUUUUUGUGGUGCAUUUAGGUUGUUUCAUUUCCUUCAAUCGUAAAACUUUUGGUAACACUUUAUUUGACGCCUAUCUCUAUAACACAUUAUGUAUAAUGCAUGACUUACAAGGUCAGGUAUUAUCAUACCAAAUCAAAUCAGGCAUUAUUAUAUGUUAAGCUUGUUGCUAUAUAGCCUUAAUGAUAGUUAUACAAGUUUAUAAGCAAAUUAUAACACAUCAUAAAUAAAUGUAUAAUGCAUUAUCUAUGUGGGCAUUGUCAGUGAGUUGUUAACAGUUAUAACACAUUAUAAUACUUGACCUUGUAAGUCAUGAUAAAAUGCUUUAUAAUGUGUUAUGAUUAUUGCUAUAAAGCAUUAUAAUCAUUUACGAGUGUGUAAAACUAUAGGUUUACAGUGCUAUAAUGUAAUUAUAAUGCAUUAUACAUAUAUUUAUAAUGUGUUAUAGAGAUAGACAUUAAGCAAAAUGUUACCUAAAUUAUUAUUUUUACAAACCAUCUCUCAGACUAUUGUAUUGCUAACUCACUAGCACCAGCUGCUUCUUCAUCAUUCUUCUUUCUUGACGUGUGGCAACAGUAAAGAGCCACUGCUAUGAACUCACAGUUUGACAGUAGCCCCUAUAUUUUAGCACAGUGGUUCUCAAGUCCAGUCCUCGAGGCCCACUGUCCUGCAUGUUUUGGAUGUUUCCCUGCUCCAACACACCUGAUUCAAAUGAUCAGCUCGUUAUCAAGCUCUGUAAUGGCUUAAUAACGAGCUGAUCAUUUGAAUCAGGUGUGUUGGAGCAGGGAAACAUCCAAUUUGAGAAUCACUGUUUUAGCACAACAUCAGUACUCUAUUUUUUUCAAAGACUGUUAUCGUCACUACAAUAUGCCUGUAAUAUUGAUGUAGCAACAGCACCAAUAAGAUUAUACACAAAAGUAUGCCAUAAGAAAAACUGACACAGUGUGAUCAAUUUGUGAUUGUUAUGCUUAUCCACACAGAGAAUAUUCAAUAUCAAUAUACUCCUUGUAUAUCAAUAUAACAUAUAUUUAGCCAUUUACAUGAAGACUGUCAUAGUUUUCUGUCUGUGUAUGUAUCCUAAUGUGUCAGACACCCAUCUAUAACUCUGGUGGUCUGCCAACAUAAAACCAAUCCACAUGAAGAUUGAAGCAUUUACGACACUUUCAUUGUUGUAUGUUUUCCUUUACUUGGAGGGUUUAAAGAGUUAGUGUAAUUGCAUAUUCUCACAACACAACCGUGAUUGCAAUAAAUUGCUCAUACAGCGUUGAUUACUCACUCCAAUCUCUGCAUUUCUAGCUUUUGUAAAGAAGUUUCAAGCUGGUGAAUACAACUGAACAGCCAUUCAAACGCUCACCCACACAAACAGCAGCCGCCCUCCCCCUUAAAGCUUUAUUACUGAGUGACCUUGAGGCCUGUGGACAGAUUGUCUGUUGUCACAGUGACUCAUCAAUACAGUUCAUUUUAGGUUUGUCAUUAGUGCAGAAACAGUAGGAGGCGAGUUGAAUGGCUGAUUUGGCAGCCAGGGUAACAGAUUUCUCCUCCCGGUUUACAUCAAUUAUGACAAAGAAAAAAAUGUCCAGUUUCUGCUGCAGGUUCAGCCCCACAGGCUGCUCCACCACCGAUAAAACCGAGCUGACCGAGCUCUGUGGGACGUCUGAUCAGCCCGUUAGAAAGUAUGUUGAAUCAGUCAAACAUAACUCAGCUCUUACUACCUGUUGUGCUGAAAUGCUGUGGGCACACAUGACUCACCGAGCUCUCACCAUCACCCUGGAGGCAUCUGCGUCACCCACAACGGCUGCUGCCUCCUUUUUUUUCUCUCCUUCACUGCAUAUUUUUUUGAGUUGCUCACCAAAGGGUUAGAUAUCCUACCCUUCUUUCCUCCGUCUUUUUCCUCCUCUUUUUAUCAAAUCUGUCAGCAUCAGACUAGGAGGUGAGAUGGAGAAAAAGAAAAGAAGGGAGAUAAAAUAGCAGGAUAGGUGAGGACAGGAAAAAAGUAGAUAGGGGAAAGAAGGAAAGUAGAGGAGCAAAAGGAAAUAAAAUAGGAGGAGAAGAGGAAACUGGGUGAGCAAGUCUGGUGAUUAAAAGCAAAGAGAAGAGAGGAAAGAUGUGAGAAAUAAGUAAAGAGAUCAAGGAAAGGAAACAAAGAGAGAUGAAAAAGACAAAAUAAAUGAAUUGUUUGAAAGGUGAAGUGAGGAGAUAAAAGGAAACUAGAGUUGUUGGAAAAAGUAAUAAAAGGAGCAGGGGAACGAGUAAAUAUGAAAAAGAAAGCGCCAAAAAGAGGAGGAUAGAAAAGGUUAGAGAUGAGUACACAUUGGAGAUGAAAUGAAAGUCUCUCUAGAAAUCGGAGUCAGCUCUUUACUCACGAUAAUUAACUUACAAAACAUGUUACCUGCUGCUCUGUUAGCCUCGCCGUUUCCCGUGAAAAAUGUUCACAAUAAAUGAAACAUUUGACUAUCAAAAGUUAGCAGGAUAAGGUUUUUGAUAGAGGACACUAUCAAAAUCUACAUGCACAGCUUAAUCCGACAAAGCGCAUAAUCCUUUUUUUUUUUCUGGCGAAUUGGACUGCCCUCCUUGUCCGCAUUUACAUGCAGCCGAGAAAAUCGAAUUAUUGACAUGAACGUGUCCUCCUCCUCAAAGCUAUGGGGCAAUAUGGGUAUUUCAGCUUUGCUGUUUCCGGUUGACACAACAACAACAGCAGGUCCGUGCCAGACAUCAGACAUGGCUACAACUGCUUCUUGGCAUUUUCGAGCAAGAAGAUGGAGCAUCGUACAGUGUUGUUUUUUGUCGUACACGAUGUACGCGCUACUUUUCCUACAGAUGAGGUGCACGCUACUCCUCUUCUCUGGUGCUUUUGUUCUGACUACACUGGUUACAUGCUAGAGAAAAUUGAAUUCCAAUCGCAUUAUCUGGGUGCCUUUAUCAGAGUUCUCUGACUCCAAUCGGAGUUCUCAAACUCCGAUUAUAGUCGGACUAAGGUGUUUAUAUGCACUUCAGUUGUCCUGUCUUAAUUGGAGUAAGGCAAUAAUUCAGUUUGCUUGAGUGUCAUGUAAACGUACUGAGUGUCUAAGAAUGUAGAGGACAUGAUAGGCAAAGACUGUUUUGUCCACAGGGGGCGCCAUAUCUGACGAGAGAGAAAAGUUCCUUACAGGAGCUUUAAUCGCUGUACCAAUCACUGUACUCAUUAUUUUGUCAAAUUAGACCACUGGAGAAAAUGACGAGAAGCAAAGAGGAGACGAUGAAAAGAGAGGGGGAAAAAUAGAGAUAAGGCUCUCUUCACCUGGGAGAGGACACGAAAGUCCAGGAGACAAACCCAGAUCUGUCAUGACCCACUUUCCUCCUCCCUUCCUUUCCUCCUCCUUCUCCAACUUUAGCUCUAACCCAUCGCUCUCACUCUUUCUUCCUCUUUCUCUUUGUCCUCCAGUCUCUGUCUCCAUCUGUUCCUCUUCCUACCUUACCUUCAGUCUGGCAUGCUCAUGGUGUUUCCAUGUGAGUUGUGUUUGCAGUCUCAUUCGUGGCCUAUUUUACAAUGAGGAGGAUGAGGGCGCAGCAGACCUCCAUCUUCUGAUCUGUUCAUUGAUGUCGACGUGUUUGUUGGGGUUUCAUUCUGACUCAUGGAUUAUGCUUAUACAGAGGGAACAGUAGGGGAUUGAAUUGUUGUGCUUCAUCACUCUGGAUACAUAUUCCUGUGAUUUACAUCUUGUUAUGCAGGAAAUUAGGAGCAUUACAGCGCAGAUCCAAUAUUAUGGCAUUCACAUCAAAGGGAAAACGCACCAUUUGCUCCCUUUUGAUGACUGUAUGUGUUUCUGACAAGCUUGAUUGUGCGUUUAAUCACUGUGUUUGUCUCCUGCAGACGAUCCAGAAGGUUCCUUUGUGCCCCCUGAGUUUGACAGCACAGGAAGCACAUUUGAGGUGAGAAAAUCCUCUUCUUGAUUUUAAUCUGGUCCCAGUCGAACACAGCUUUCACCCUCGGGUAUUUCCUGGUGCUCUGCACAGUUGCAGGCCCUUCGAUGAUAUUGAUCUUUCUCUAUCCUCACCUGAAAGUCAUCAAUCAUUCAGCUGCAAUCUCACCUUUACCCCAGUCACCGUCAUGUGACCACACUGAACAAAGAACAGCAGUGAGGUGCUGACGUCAGAGAAAACUGUGGGGAUUUGAUCCAUCCUGUAGUAAAUGACUAUUGAAGUCAAAGGUACAGUGUACCGAUAACAUUUAAGUAAACUAUUCAAUGAAUGAACUAACUGUAGCUUCGUGGCAAUUAGGGUUUGUUUUUACAGUAUAACUAUAUAUUUUCAGGGGGAUUUUUUUCUACUUUGUACCCUACAAGUUCAAUAAUACAAUACACCACAAUAAUAAAAACAUUAAUAAACUAACAAGGAAGACCAGUAAACAACGAAUAGCCAUCUCAAGGCAGUGUCCUUGUGAGGGUUUUCUUUUGUUUACAUUGCAUUUACUUUGCAAGAAAUCUAUUUCAUUUACCCCAAGGCAGUGUCAAAAUGCCCUGAGCAUGUGUGCUGCACUCAGCAUCAUAUUUGCUGUAGGCCUCUUCCCUUGUUCACCACUUUCCAGCCUUUCCUCCUCCUCAAUCCAUGGUGUAGAGCGAUUUGUCAGGUAUCUUGUCUUUUCACCUAGAGGACACGGAAGAACAUCCUCUUGGUCCACAUCUUGAACAUACUCCACUGAUUGCUCUGGUGGCUUUUCUCCCACUUUUGCAGGCUUUUUUCUCUUUGACUCAAGUAUGGGCGAUUUUAACAAACCACCUACGUAGCUUGAAUGGUGUCCCGUCAUAGCGACUUCUGUCUGUGGUUAACUUGACAUUGGUUUGGAUAAAAGACAACUAGAGCUGCAGUCUCUGUGCCCUGGUCUGUGGUAAAGGCAACCUGACAGUGUAGACUUCAUACUGUGAAGAUGUACAUGUAAGAACCCUUGAAACUUUCAGGGAUGCAUGUUUGAAAAGGGCUCUAUUCUCUGGAGGAAAAGUCAGGUCUGACAUUCUUGAACAACAACAUCUCUUGGGUCACCUUUUUGAGUAAUACAUGAGCUGAAACCAUGUACUAUAUAUAGAAAGGACGCUGUCUGCCUCCUCGCUGGGUGAAGCCACUCCGAGAACAGCCCCCUCUCGUGACGGGCUGCAGUAUAGGUCAUAAAUCCUGCCUUCUCCAGUAAAGCUUAUAAAGCUGUAGACAAACUUUAGAAAUUUAUUACACAGAAUAUACAUUUUUCUCUCCCCUGCUUGCAAUGUUGACAAGUAGUUAUUGUAAGACUGGUUUGUGCUCAAGUCCUCUUUUUUUCUGUACAGCUCCAUUUGUAAAAGUUAUUUGGGGGUUCAUAUUUUCUAUGAUUGACACUUUAUACAGCCUAUGGGUGUGCAAAGAUUGCGUAGCUAACCCGGGGGAUAUGCUGUUUGAGCCAAGUGUCACAGCGACUCUUGGCGACUCUCCUGCCAAAUCUUCAUCAUUAUUUUUAUCAUGUUCAAAUACAGAUAAAGUAAAAUAAAAAACAAAAAAACAAGGCUUUAUGAAAAUAGAAUAAUAAUAGUAAUAAUAAUAAAUAAAAUAAAAUAAAAUAAAAUCAAAGACAAGCCUAACAGGCAGCAAUCGGCCAAUAUCAUGAUCAUGUUCAAAAAGGAGUAGAGUGAAGUCAAGACCUAUGUGGUCCUACCCCUUUGUCAACUACACAGCGUCAACGCUUUACAAACUGUCGUACUGUAUACCUAUAAAGUAUACUUCAACAAGUUGAUUUACCACUUAUGUAUCAAAUGCGUAGAAAAGACAGUGGAAGAUAGAACCAAGUUGUCCAUAGUAUAUACAGUCUAUGGCUAAAACUCACUACCCUUUUGCUCAUAGCACAACAGUAGAGUUCAACCAUAGGACGAGUUUUUUUCAAUGAAAACAGCAGCAAAUCAAUGACAGUUGUGUCGGAUGAUUGUAUCAAUAAGGUUGGUGAUGUCACAGCCUCAUCAACUCAUUAUUGUCUGAGCCAGAAUCGUACUUUAAUGAUCAGCCUUUAACCGCACAUCAUGACACACUGGUAGAGGUGUGGUUGUAAUUUCAGAGUGAGGCACUAAAACACGAUCUUCUCCAGUGGAGCCUUGCAGAAUACACCUGCAGCUCCAUGUUUAACAGGGUGCUGAGGUUAAUGACUGAGUGGAUCUUAUCUCUUAUAUAAAGCUAAUGCAUGUAAUGGGGCUGCGUUCAAAAGCUUUGGAUGUCUCCUGCAGAAACAGAAAAUAAAAAAUGUGAAGCCCAAGGACAGCGUGAACGCAUUUCCACUGAACUAAAAAAUGAACCAUGCAUUUUGAUUCUGCUAUGUCAAAAUACCAAAAAUAAAUGUUACCAGGAAAAAAAAAAAUCUCCCUUUUACUUUCUGGGUUUUCUCUACUGUGUUUCUCUCCUAUUAUUCACAACCAAAGCGACAGCAAAAGCAAAACAGGAUUUCAGGCCUUAAGCUGUGUGCUUAACUCUUCUAUUUUGGUGACCCGCACUGGGAACCGCCUUGCACAUGUGUUCACCACAUAAGUAUGGGUACUGUCCACUUCACUUGUUGGGAAUGAUGGUUAAGUCUGAUGUGAGCUCAGAAGCACCUGAUAUAACUCCGCAGCUGCUUCUGAGCUGACCAUAAUAUCUACUGUCAGCUCAGUGAAGAAAAACAAAAGCUCCGUCAUAAAUACGCACAAUAAGUGGCAAUUACAGCCCCACAUGAUGCAAAGGUCCUGUAUUUUCUUGGCUUUUCUUAUCUUAAUCAUCAUCCUCGGAUUUAGAUCUCUGUACUUGCUGGAGACUCACAGCUGCAGCAGCCAGCUCAUGAUAAUCAUAACGCUGAUGAUUUCUCCUACUUUAUCCCCACCUGCAGGGUCAUGUCUACUCUCUGGGCUCCACGCUCUCUGCUGCACUGAACUUUGUCAUCGAGCCAGAGCUGGAGGCCGAGCUGGGAGAGGAAAUCCAGAAGCUGCUGGAGCAGAUGCAGGAGGAGACACCUGAAGACAGGCCGCUCCUGCAGGUAGAACAUCACAAUCUACUGUUGGCACAAUUUAGAAAAAAACCCUGUGUGAAUUUAACACCAUGAGGCAGGUGUGGGAUAAUUAGUGAUGUCGUUUUCAUAUUUAUGCUGCCAGUUUGUCAUCAUAAGUGUUUAAGUGUUAGAUUGGGUUUAUUUUAAUGCAAGUAAAAAUAAGCAUAUUGAAGCCAGAGUCUGAGUUUGAAAAAAGGUUAAAUUAUAGUGUGAUAGAUUACAAAAAACAUGCAUAUAAAAAGACAAAAUUUACAAAAUAGGAUGUACCAUAUUGAUAUAAAGCCAUAAAGCAAUACAUUUAUGUGACUUAGCCAUUAAAAUGACCCUGAGAGAUGAAUGGUUAUUACACUGCAGCAUGUGUGUGGUCAGCCUUGAUAAUGUCCUUUCACUAUAAGAUAAUAAAGUAUACCCCAGGGCAGCACUGAAUCAUGAUGCCUGUGCAGUAAAGAGGGGAACCACAUGGGUCCAGCAGGACAUGUUAAUGUGUUUGAUGAAGUUGUUUUUUUUUUUUUCCUCUGUGAAAUAACGCAAUGGUCCUGCAUAAUGUGAGCCAGGGAUUUUUAGCACCAUCAAGUGGUGGUACUGGGUCACUGCAGCGAGUGCCAAUUCUCUAACAAGCAUACUGAACUGUCCUGUAGCCUGCCACAGGCAUACCUAAGGUAAAAUAAAUCACAACCAUAAGUGAACUAUCACAGUAUCACAACAAAUUUGAUUAAUUAUGCUACUUUAUUAACGGUGCUUCUUUAUUAACCUAUGUUUUUUUUCUUCAUUAAUACACAAUAGUGUUUAGGUAUAUCUUAUUAAAGCUCCUUUGCAUCAAGAUUGACAAUUUUUAGUUAGUCUUUUUCAAUGUCUCAAUCCAGCACAAAAGGGUAGGCGGCAGCUGAGCAGCCAUAUUUAUCGAAUUUCCCCUUGGGGGUAAAUAAAGUACUUCUUAUCAUCUUAUUUUUGCCAUUUCAAAAUAUGGACAAAAAAAUAAUACAUUUUACCAUCAAAAGUCAGUAGAAUGAUAUAUCAGGACAAAAGUUAGUACUUUAGCAUGUGAAGGGACAUUGCAGCACAACUUACACCAACCAAAAGUUCCUCACAAGUGCUGUAAGUAAGUUAUAGAGCAAGGUAUAUAAAUGACCAAAAGAGGUCUUGUGUCACUCUACUGAGUUUUUGCUGUCUUGAGCUAAAAUGAUACAGCAAUAUUGUAUUUAGGGUUUCCUGGGGAGACUUUUUGGUUACAACCAUGUCAUGUCCUUUGUCACUAGAGCACAGCAAUGUCCUGCAAACAUAAACACACUGGAAAAAUCGAGUGUUUGGGGGAAGGCCCAGCCAGGGUUAAAUACAGCUGAGGCCUAUGCAUGUACUAUGUCCCAAACCACAGUAAGCAGCAUAGAUUAAAAGCACAUCGGGCCUUACCAUUAUGGUUGUAUGGUUAAGUUUUUUUUUUUUUUUUUUUUUUUUUUUUUUUUUUUUAAGAAAAGGGACAUUAGCAUGACAAUCUCCUCUUUCUGGAUUUAAGUAGUUUAAACAAGAUAUUGUAAAAUAUAUCAGCAGUGCAUAAAUAAAUCAGAAUAUGAUCAGCUGCUGCUCAACCUAACAGGGUGUAGAGGACCUGACACAGAGUGAAGGUGUAUUCAACUAAACAUUUUACUAAGCUUAUUACCCAGCUGCCAAAAAGUAUUGAUUCAAUUAUGUUUCUUUUUAAUUAUUAUUAUUUCAAUGAUUUUUUUUUUUUAAGUUCAAAAAAAUUAAGUCCCUCUGAUUCCAGGGUCAGUAAGGAUUUCAUUGCAACAGAUUCAUUUCAAUCGACUCGCUGAAGAAAUCAUUUGCAAAAUCAAACUUUCAAUUAAUGGCAAAGUUGAAACAUAGUUAUAUACUCAAGUGUAUUCACCUCAUUUAUCAAUAUCCCUAAAAAUAGGGCCUGAAAGAGGCGUCUGCCACUUCCCACACCAAGUAAGCAAACUCUGACCCAGUUUAAAAAAUAUUGGUGAUGGUAGGGUGAACUAAAACCAUAGGCUGUGGACAACUUGGCUCCGCCUUCCAUCAUCAUAUUGUUCAUAUUCAGUUAACCGAAUAUGAUAGAACUGCACCAAAUUUAACAUCUAUGUGGCCAAGUACUUUCAAUUAUUACACGAACUUUUGCUGUAACUCAGCAAUAGUUCAUGUGUUUCAAACAAUAGUUCACUUGCUGUUCAGUUGAUGAUCAGGUCAAUAAAGUAAAGAACAAACAAGUUAUAGUGAAGGUCUAAAUGCCACGCUAAAGUUUUAAGGGUCAAAACAUUGUGUUUGAAAUCCAACUCUCCUCCUGGUAAAACAAGGCUGAUAAUGAAAUAUUUUGAGAUUUUGUUUUUUUGAAAUCACAAACCCUCCUACAGGACAUCCUCUCUCUGGCUGAAGCCCGGCUGUCUCUCGUCUCCUCUGCUGCUGUGUGCAGAAAACUCUCCUCUAUUGGACGUCGUGUUCUCUCCAUUGAAUCAGUAUCAACCUUUCAAGGUCUUUAUAUCAUUUAAUUCUCACCUACUGUCACUGUCUGCUGCCUGCUGUGAUUUCCACUGCUACUAAUUGCUCUCUUUGUAAAUCCACAGAUGGACAGGAAGGCUCCUGGGAGGCGCGAUGGCAGCAUCCCAAACCCAGAUGUCUGCUUAAAAGACUGAGCCCGGAUGAUAACACCAAAGAGCUGUGUGUGGACACUUCUGCUAAAGCUAACGGUCUGUCUAGGAAGCAGGUGUGUAAAAAAGAGGCGGCAAACAUUUAACAAUCAGACAGAAACCAAUAAAUGAUCCAUCAGUUAUUCAUCAUAAGGCGGUGAUAAGGGCUGUAAGAUCCAGUCUCUUAUCUGUGUGCUUGUCUGUCCUGCGCCGCACAAUGUGCUGUGUUCCUAAUAUGUGCUCCAGUUAGCUCACGUUUAGUCAACUUGUCAGCUUGUGGCUCAGCUAGCUAAGCUGUAUCCUGGAAAGUUGUUUGUAUGAACUUGAUAUUUCAGCUCAAACUCAUGACUGUGGACUUAAAUUCUUUAGGUGUGUGGGGGCUGGGAUUCCUCUCUGUGGGCUGAGGACAUGGACAGCAGUGAAGGAGAUGGUUUGAUCUCAGCAGACGAGUUGGACUGCAGGUCCUACAACAGCUCCCCAGUUAGGAGAAGAGCCCAGCAGAGGAUGACCCGAGGUAGGGGGGCUCUAAACCGCUCCUGUUCUGUCCCGGACUCCAACAACCCUCCCUGUCUCUCCCCGGCUGCUCAUGGAGAUAUCAGCGUACCUGUGUCUGACCUCAGUGAGAUAGGAGCGGAUGAACGCCUGAGCUGCAGGUCUGUGUGGACAAACAGACUUCAAAGACUGGAGCGGGGCAAGUCCUGUGAGUCUUACCCCCACAGCAGCACUGAGGAUUAUGGGAACUCGACUGUGGACAGAAAAACGUCAGAGGAAAAUGAGGACACUGCAGAGACGUUAUGCAUUGUAGAAACAAACAUCCAAGAGGAGCAGGAAUGUGAAUCUAAUAACUGCACCCUGGACUCAGCUUCUCCCUGUACUUCCUGUCAGGAUCUGGAGCAGGAGCAGAGCUCGUCUCAGGAGCAGAGCUCGUCUAAGGAGCAGAGCUCUCUGAACCACAGCCUCUACAUUCCCAACAACCACAUGACCAAAAGCAUGCUGUGCCUCAAUGAGGAAUCUCAGGAUGAGGUGAGUUUUCAUCUCUGACCCUGCACUUAUGUUAUAGGUCAUUUCUCAAUAUCAGAUUUGGUGCCAUCACAGAGUUUAACUCAAUCAGCAUCCUGCGGUAGUAAAGGAGUGAAGCCAGAGCAGAAGUUCAAAACCUCAAGUCCCUAAAGUGUCCUCAUGAGGCUUGCUCCAAAAGAAAACAAAGAAAUCCCACUAGAGCCCACCCUGCCUUUACAUUCAGUCAAUUAGUCCAUCUCAGGUAGUUUAUUCAAGGCAAAUAGCCAAUCAAAGCCAAGGACUCUGAGGCGGCACCUGGGGUGGACACUUAUGUUUCAAGGUAGUAGAGGGACACUUCUGGCAGUUUCUUCUUUAUGACUAUAAAAAAUAGACAAAGGAAGUCAAAUGAAAGGCUGUUAGAAACUCCUUAUCCUCUUGUCUCUGUAUUCUUUUUUUUCUGUCCAGUGGAUCUCUCUCAGAGAGUUACUGACUCGGUGUGAGCGGAGGCUGACAGUCAGUGAGCUCUGGGCUCUGUGUUACACCUGCCUGUCCUCGCUGCAGACAUACAUCGACUUUCCAGGUACAGCCAUGCAGGAAAUCACCUCUUACUACCUCAUAUAGCAAAAAAGAUUCACCUUAAAGAUGCACUCCAAUCAUUUUUUACUACCUAAAGUGUUCUCAUUGGUCUUUAAAUUGUGAUGAUGAAGUUUUUAUCAAAAAUCGCAUUGCCUGUGUCGUUUUCAAGGCCUUUUUUCGCAGAGCUCAAGUAGCUCAUUAGCACUUCACCUCUGAAUCGUGGGUGGAGACAGCGCUGCUCUGCACACUUCUCUUCUCGUUAGCUUGCAGCCUAACAUUAUCAGUGUAGUAGAAGUGGCAGGUAACAGAGAAGUUAUUCAGCUCACAGACACUAAUGUCUUUAGGGACACAAUGAAAGCUAAUAUCAUAAUUAGUAUUGCAAUCUGCUAAUGCACACGUUUGUUCCGCGAUCGUCCUCUGUAUUUCAGAGCUUGGACUGGUUAUGUAUGAAAUGUCAUUGUUUCUGAACCUGCUUUUGAACUUGAAUGAAGAAAUACUCAGAAAAGCAAUUUCGCAUUUAGUUUUAUCAUGGUAUGUCCUGUAGCAUCAGAAAAGCACGAUUAUUCUGAAGCAGAUGUGUCUCUUCUCUUUCCCAUCAGCGUAUUUGUGUCUGGACACAGUUUAUGUGGGCUCUGAGGGAGAGGUCCUUUUCUUGAAACCUAAAAACAUUGGUGAGUUAACUGAACUCCUGGUCAGUCUCCACUCUGCUGGAGCUGUUUUACAUCUUUAUCCUUCAUUUUUAGUCCUUCACAUACAAAAUAAAUGCUGACUUCAUCUACUCACUUCUUGUUCUUUCCAGCCACCAGAGAUGAGUUUUACCUUGCCCCUGAGUAUCAAGAACACGGGAUAGUGACUGAGAAGGUCUGCCUGACUGCUCUACCAUUUUACGUUCACUUUUUAUGUGCUUGUGUUUCAGCUCUCCUUCUCCUUUUUUUUUUCUUUUCUGUCCUGGCUCAGGUUUGUGUGUACGGAGUUGCUGCCAUUCUCUGGGCGACGGCCAAGUUCGGUUUAUCACCCAAUCAAAAGCUGGCAAUGCCUCGCAAACUGAAGAGACUGCUGCUGGAGAUGGCCAAGAGGACGCCGAUAGAGAGGCCAUCCAUCGUCAUGGCGAAAAAGGUAAUGAUUGCCACAACUGUGGUGGAAUCACCCACGAACAUGAGUGCAUUGUUGUGGAAAGUGUUAAAUAUCUCAUUUUAAACUGGUGUUUUAUACACUCACCGGCCACUUUAUUAGGUACACCAUGCUAGUAACGGGUUGGACCCCCUUUUGCCUUCAGAACUGCCUCAAUUCUUCGUGGCAUAGAUUCAACAAGGUGCUGGAAGCAUUCCUCAGAGAGCUUGGUCCAUAUUGACAUGAUGGCAUCACACAGUUGCCGCAGAUUUGUCGGCUGCACAUCCAUGAUGCGAAUCUCCCGUUCCACCACAUCCCAAAGAUGCUCUAUUGGAUUGAGAUCUGGUGACUGUGGAGGCCAUUUGAGUACAGUGAACUCAUUGUCAUGUUCAAGAAACCAGUCUGAGAUGAUUCCAGCUUCAUGACAUGGUGCAUUAUCCUGCUGAAAGUAGCCAUCAGAAGUUGGGUACAUUGUGGUCAUAAAGGGAUGGACAUGGUCAGCAACGAUACUCAGGUAGGCUGUGGCGUUGCAACGAUGCUCAAUUGGUACCAAGGGGCCCAAAGAGUGCCAAGAAAAUAUUCCCCACACCAUGACACCACCACCACCAGCCUGAACCGUUGAUACAAGGCAGGAUGGAUCCAUGCUUUCAUGUUGUUGACGCCAAAUUCUGACCCUACCAUCCGAAUGUCGCAGCAGAAAUCGAGACUCAUCAGACCAGGCAACGUUUUUCCAAUCUUCUAUUGUCCAAUUUCGAUGAGCUUGUGCAAAUUGUAGCCUCAGUUUCCUGUUCUUAGCUGAAAGGAGUGGCACCCUGCGUGGUCUUCUGCUGCUGUAGCCCAUCUGCCUCAAAGUUCGACGUACUGUGCGUUCAGAGAUGCUCUUCUGCCAACCUUGGUUGUAACGGGUGGUUAUUUGAGUCACUGUUGCCUUUCUAUCAGCUCGAACCAGUCUGGCCAUUCUCCUCUGACCUCUGGCAUCAACAAGGCAUUUCCGCCCACAGAACUGCCGCUCACUGGAUAUUUUUCUUUUUCGGACCAUUCUCUGUAAACCCUAGAGAUGGUUGUGCGUGAAAAUCCCAGUAGAUCAGCAGUUUCUGAAAUACUCAGACCAGCCCUUCUGGCACCAACAACCAUGCCACGUUCAAAGUCACUCAAAUCACCUUUCUUCCCCAUACUGAUGCUCGGUUUGAACUGCAGGAGAUUGUCUUGACCAUGUCUACAUGCCUAAAUGCACUAAGUUGCCGCCAUGUGAUUGGCUGAUUAGAAAUUAAGUGUUAACGAGCAGUUGGACAGGUGUACCUAAUAAAGUGGCCGGUGAGUGUAAGUAACUACUCCCGUCAACUAUAUAAACAGACUUUUAGCUGUUUGAAUGGACAUGACAGGCUGAAAUGUUGUUAACUCGGCACGAAACACUAAGCUGUUACUACAAGGAGUCAUCAUUGUAAUCCCCUACAUGAGAGGACACUUCACAUAGAUUCACAGGCUGCGCUGAGAACAGGAUCAAGACUGGCUAAAUGACAGUGUUUACUGAUGAGAUUAAACAUUACAUUUAAAUGAAGAAUAAAAAUAGUGUUAUACUACUAUAAGGUGGUGUUGCACAGCACAUCAUCACAAUGAUGGGAGUGUUCGCAAUUUUCUCUUUUCCUUUUGUAACCAACCCCAGUAUGUAAAAUCUAUGUGAUGUUGAAAGCCUGAUCAAGGCGCUCAUAUCAGUGGCUGUCCUAACAUCUUAAAUCCAUCUUUAUAAGCUGUUGUCUCAGCCAGUAGACAGCAGCAGAUGCCGGGUUGCCACAGCUAAGUGAGAUGAUGGCUCUAACAUACAAAUUGUUAGCCAGGCUUGUCUGCAAUCACAGAAACACAGAAAUAUGACAGGUCUUUACUUAAAACCUGUUAUGAUCAAAUUUGUUAGUCAUAUUUGAAACUGAAACCUGGUCAUUUUAAAAGAUGGACUUCCAUCAUAGUUGUUUUCAUUUGAAGAAAUGUUUGCAAGGAACUGAAAUGAUAAAACAAGUGCCUCAUCACAUGUGUUUUAGCUGCGUAGGAGAGUGAAAAGUCCAACUUGCAAAAUAUAUAUCUAUAUUAGCAGCAUUUAGAUUUUAAGACCCUUAUCGGGCAAACUCCUGCAUUACAAAUGUUUGGCAAUGAAAAAUUCACAUACAAAUAUCACCAGAUUUACAUCUGCUGAACACAGAUACUUGCUCAUGAGUAAAGGACUUUUUUAUUCAUAAUUACUUUGUGAAAUAAAUACAAGAUAAAUAUGCAAAUUUCUUGUCAUUUCUUUUUCUGCUAUCACUGUUUUAUUUUGGAUGUUUUAUGUUAUUUCCACUUUUCUUGAUGCAUCUUAUUUCUCACCUUAUAAAGCAGUAUGACUAUCUGCAAUGUGCAAACAGCACAGCUUCAGAGAGAAGCACUUUUCCAAAUAAACAUACUCAAACGUUUUUAUUGUGAAAUCAUUGCAGUUAAAAAAAGAAUCCUUACUUUGUCAAUGAAGAAGUCUCCUGCAGAUCACCAUCAUUUACUUUAAUUGUCAUGCUGUCAAUCAUAUUUGAGCUCAUAAUUUUCCUCAUGAAUCCAUUUGACAAGCACUUGAGUUAUUUCAGGGCAGCAUUUGUGUGAUCAUUAUUGUGACUGUGUGUGAAGCUGUAUUUUUAACACUCUCAUUGUCAUGUGGGUCUAUUUCAGAGCUGUCACGACUACUUAACACGUCAAGGGAUGAGUGCUGAGACGGUCUGGAAUGACCUCAUCAGUAGAGUCCACCCAGUAAGCUCUCCAUGUGAUUUUCAUCACAAAUACGUUCAGAUUUUUUAAAACUUUUUUAUUUCUCUUGCAUUAAAUAAUUCUCACUGUCACUUUGUUUGUCUUUCGUUAUGCUCUCUACGUCUGUCCUGUUUCCUUUCUCUCAGUCAUUGUAAUGAUAUAAAUGUAUUUUCCUUCAGCCAGCCUCAAAAUCCAGCGAUCCAGAUGGUUUGAACACAGCUGAAAGUCACCAAAGCUCACAUGAAGAGUCUGUACAAAACCACAGCGGUAUGACAGCAUAAUGUUAUUAUGAAAGACCCUCAUGCAAUACUGUUUACUGUCAAAUCUGCAGUAGGUUUUUAAAGAUCUUUCCCAACUCAGAGAAGAUUGCAUUUAUGACAGGAGAAGAAUAAGAAAAAACUCAUAAUAGAAAGUUCCCUCAUCUUUUUUUGAAAAGUACAGAUGUGCAUUGCAUGAGACAAUAUCACUGAUAUUGUAACUGGCAUUGUUGUAACUGUGUGUAGGCUUUGUGCCCACGGCCACUGAGAGCCGACUGGCUCCUGUGCCUGGCCCUGUUCCCCACAGCUACCCAGUCCACACUGAACUUCAACUCCCAGAAGCCUUCACUUCAACUGCCACACACUUCUCCCCCAUCAUCCUGACCAGUGAAGGGGACACAGAGGAGGAGAGCCCAGAUCCUGGAGCUGUCAUAGAGGGGUAAAAUGUUUAUACCUUAGCAUAGGAAAAAGCUUUGAAGCCACCAAGGCUUCUGUUUGAUUUGUGACAGGAGAGCAAAACUCCUGGUGCAAAAAGUGCAAAACAAGUGUGUUAAAAAGGUGAGUUGAGCCAGUGUGUCACAUAAACAGAUAACUGAAAGUGGAUACUUUGUUAUAGCUGGAGUAAAGCCUGUGAGCUAGUUCAGACAGUCAACUCUGCUGAAAUAGUUUCAGCAGAGUAGAAAGGACAUGACAAACACAAACACACAAGAUUUCAAGUGUCUGCCUCUGCUUUGCUAUUAUGUGCUGAACUCAGACUUUCAGCCUCACAAUUACCGAUCUGUCCUGCACACUGACGCCAAAAGAUAACCAGUCAUGUCACUGAUAAUCUCAUUUGAAUAAAGGUCAUGUAGAGGUAUCAGUACAAAAGUAAGACUAUUUCAAUUUCGUUACAAGAGGGGAACCACAUGAGUGAGUGCUAUAGACUGCUUCAAGUCUGGUUGGAUGCAGGUGCUGCCAUGCAGUGCUACAGGCCGUAUACUGAGUAUACAGAGUUUAGCCAGUGCAGAUGAGCCUUACUCCUGAAUUAACUUCAAUAACCUGUAGGACAGUGUACCUAAAAACUAGUCUGUUGGUAAAUCGUCCUCUCCUGGUAAGAGGCUAACCUAGUAAGUGGUGGCAUUGGCCGUUUUCUCCCUUGCUGCUUUAGUUCCACUCUUAAGUCUUAAUAUGAUCACUUCUACUACAAGAACCAAGAUAGAGACAAGAAGCACGUCUCAGAGCAAAGGCACCAUGUGAUUUAGCCGAUACUUAUCAUUUGAGAAUGGGUGUUGCUUGUUAGGUCAACCUAGUACCAGUCAAAGAGUGGACCAAACUUUUUUUUUUGUCUCCAGACCUUGUAUACUUUGAGGACUAAGCAAAAAACAAAUAAAAAUGUUUAAUGUUUAGUUCUAGAGGGGGCAGUAGUUGGAUUUUGUUGACUUCAGGCAGGGUUUGUGCAGCUAUAUCUAUUGCUUUCAGUUCUUCUGCUCAUCUAUACUGCACAGUGUCUUAUUGUUACUCUUGAGUUGAUGCAGAUUAGUAUAAAUCUCAAUGCUUGUUCAUUCCAGGACUGUGGAGGAUUUUACCAAAAGCACUGAAAGCUUUGAAGAGAGAGGCCUUGUUUUCACUUCACACCCAGAGUCCCUAAAUUGUGUGCAAAGUGAACCCGGUCCAGAAACACAGGAGCUGCCUGUCAGUCAAGCAGGAUUAACUUCAACUUUGAGCGAUAAAACACUGGCCAACACUCCAUCUUUAACUGAUGUUUCCUGUAUGGAAGUCUCUCUCCCUCAGCAGUUAUCCCCUAACCUGAACAGUUGUGGUGUUUUCAACAAUUACCUCUUCCAUCAGGAUCCCAGGACAGGACAUCUCUCCCUGGUGCCUGUUCAUGUCCGGGCUCCAGAGUCUUAUUUAGGAUUGGACAUAAAUCUCUCCUUGGUGCCACAGCCUCUGCAGAGACUAAUUACGGCUCCAGAGAGCACUGAUGAUCAAUUUAUCGACUGUCUGAAAGAGUCUGACCACCAGGAUUAUGACCCACAAUCUUAUUUUUUCCAAGAGAGCUCCAUCAUUUCUGACAGCACACUUGAUCACAGAAAGUACAAUGGACAAACAGAUCCAGGAGCACGCUUUGAGGAACAGUCUCCGUCAGAGUCUGUCUCCCAUACAGUCCACCCUGCCCUGAAGGAGGUUAUCGACCUGCUUAAAGGAGAAUUCUCAUUUGAUGGGGGCUUGGACAAUGGACGUGAAGACAUUGCAAUGGGUAUGUUUAUUUAGAUGUAGAGUAUAUUAGCGUGCUAUUGCUUGAUUUGCUUUAUAGUACACCAGGUUACACGUCUGUGCAAUUUCAAUUCAAUACAACAUAUCUGGUGCAACAUAUGCCUUUGUGUAUAUAAAGAUAUUCCAUUUCCCUCAAAGUAAUGUUUGGGAAAUGAGGGGAAAACAUUUGAUAAUGUGUUUAUUAACCCAGCAGUAUUUCUGUAUCCAUUACUGUAUCUAUUGUACUGUAUACAUAGAUAAGUCGUGCAGAAGGCAUGGUCAAUCUUGUCCUGCACUGAUCACCCAAUCUUGGCACCAGAACAAGAGGAAAAAAAAACUGCAAGUGGUAAGACAUAGUGAUCUAUAAGCUCAGGACAAAAAUUUUAAGUGUUAUGCCAAAACUGUUGAAAAUAUUAAUAUAAAUCAGCACAGAGAUUUGGAGGAAAAACAUUGCUCGCCAGCUAAUUAUAUAAGCGAUCGAUAGAUAGAUAGAUAGAUAGAUAGAUAGAUAGAAGACAAAGGUUAAAAAUGGGUCAGCUUGACAGAUGAGUUUUAAAAUUUUGUUGGAAUGAAGAAACUGAUAAAAUGUUAAAAAAGGAGCUGAAAAUGUCUUUAAACAGUAAAUUAAAAGUAAUAAAAUAAUGUUUUAAUGCGUGUGCUUGAAAUAUGAAUUAAACACCUAAAUAAUUAGGAAAAAGUAUUCGAUCAAAGUUAAUGAGAUGGUAGUUUGCUUUGAAUUAUAGAUAAAAGAUUGAUUUAUUACCGUAAAUACUCAAAUAAAGUAAACUAUUCAAUCUGUAACCAGGCCUCUUAUAACGUCUUUGAUGAUGGGCUUUUAUAAGUGAAUAAAGUCCAGCUUUCAGUUAUUGGCUAGGGUGGAUUAAUGGUUCUAAUAUGGGGUACAGAAACAUGGAAAACAACUUACCGGUGAGUUUGAAAUGAUCAGGCUUCACUGUUAUAACAGUGUCAGUUUUGAAGCGAACAACAUCACAGGCCUUCUGCUUUGUGAGCGCUCAUCCUGACCCAGUCCACUUUAUGAUAAGCUACCUGGAGGGGGGAGUCUAUCAUUUUUAUUCAUGACCGCUGUGAUGUGUGUAAUGACUGUAACCAAGUGAUCAGGGUUACGGUUACUGGAUAAGUUUAAUGUUUCAUAAUUUACGAGACACUAAUGUGGAACUCUAACCACGGCUCAAACUUACUUGUUAUGCAGCACAGUAUAUUAAAAGACUUUUGACUUAUUUACUAUUUGUGACAAAAGCAAAUAAAUGACCGAGCCCAUAUUUGAGGAUUUAGGAUAGGUCGUAUAUACAGAAAAAAAGCUCAAGAUUACCAACAUAGUAGUUGAUAAAUCAUCAGAAAAUGUGAUGAUCAGUUGGAAAAUCCCUUUUGAUUUACUUGGUAGCUGAAAUCGACCGUUAAAAUCAAUGAGCAAACUAUUACAUAAUACAUCUGGAACUUGAAAAACAACAAAGGGGUCCUUGAGUUUAUCUGGAAACAGCUAUAAGGGGAAUGUACGCAUCCUGUUUGGUAAUAUUUCCAGUGGUUUCUGAAACCUCUUAUUUUUUUUAAGGGGUGGACAGAUCUGGUUCUGUGAAUAUAUAUUUUAGACAAAGCUGAGUAGUGUUCUUGGCUCAUGGACACACAGACACCAGCUGUCCUGUGAGGAGUUUACCAGUGUGAAAGCAGCUUGAGUUCUGGGGAUGCCCUCAGGUGGAGAAUAAACGAUAACUUUUACUCUUUUCAAACUGUUGCUGCUUCCAUUGACGUCAGAAUGGAAAAAAUUAAACUUGACAGCUGCACAGAAACAGAGAUUCUUUUGUCUGGGAUGUACAAAAAUCUGUAAAUGUUCCUCUAACAGGGCAUAUCUCCGUCAUUCAUUUACAUUGAUAUCCACUUUUCUUUCUCUUUUUCGAGGGGAGUACAUCUUCUCAUUGAAGGACCUCCAGUACCACAGGUUUGCUGCCGUUGUAAAGGAGAGGUUCAGUCAUCUCUACUGGGAAGAGGACUUGCUGGGUGUACUGCACUGCCUGGUGAACUACAGCUCAUCCACAAUGUGAGUAAGACCCUAAACACUCGUGCCUGUUUUUUUUUCUGCUCCAAUGAAUUAAGAUGAGCUCAGAAAACACAAUUUUCUGUGAACACACCUUUGGAUUACCAGUGUGGUUGGAUGUUGUUGUUUCUGGUCUCUCUAGUAACUGUUCAUGUUGUAGGUCAAACUCUGUGUCAUUUUAAGGUAUAAAUACAUUUUUCCCGACAUCAUGUGUGUCAAUACGUCUCGAUUUAGAUGUGCACUAACAAAAUAUUCACAGGGUAGGAGUGUCUCAGUAUGCAAAUCUUGAAGAUAAAUGAAAUGAUCUGCCCAGUACUGUGUCACAAAUGCAAUAUUACAAAUUACUGAGUCCAGUAGAAGCAAUUUUCAUGUUUGCAAAUCUGACAUUUCAGAGAAAAUGUCAGGGCAGUAAAGCCCCUGACAUUUGUCCUUGGUUUCUUACUCACACAUAAUCAUCAAAUAAUGAAGUUCCAAGUGUCAGGUUGUUUAAACAGGCUGAAUAUACAGCAAAGAUGAUGCUGCGGUGUCAUGUUUGCAACACACUCAAGAUGUGAGGUCAUCUUUUGACGAGUGAUGUGUCGGUCAUGAGCGAACUUGUUCAUAGACGUCUCUUAAACAAUGAAAAUGAUGGGAGCUGGCUCUUGUCUGUGAGACUCCCCACCGCAGACCGUAGAAAACAAUAACUACAAGGCAGAAUGACGGGAUGAGGGUGAUCCAUGCAUGGAGUGCAUGACUGUCACAUGCAUGCUGUGUGCAACCAAUCACGCAAGGAUACACUAAGCAGAGGGGGGCGGGGUGUGCCGUGUGCUUGUGCUCAUUAGAUGGAUGUGCUCAGGAUGGCUACAGCAAUUUACUGAUAUUUGAAAACAUAAUUUUUACUUGUGAAUACUUCAGUACAAAGGAUGCAUUGAAUUAUUUAAGAGGUAUGUGUACACAUAUGUACAUAUCAUAAGCCAAACAACACUAAAUUUGUCUGAAGAAUGAAGAGCCGUUUGGGAGCUGUCUUGGUGAUCAUGGGCUGAAUGAUCUGGCUCACUAAAAAGAGCCGUAAUUCCCAUCACUACUUUUGACAGAUACCCUAUAAAAAGUUAAGAAAUUAUUUUAUUUUCAGACGCUGGAGGUUAUUUAGGAUAAAGUGCUGUUCGGGUUCUGGAAAAAAAGUUGCGUAUGUUUUUAGAGGAUUAGUUGUGUAAUGUCCUACUUCAUGGGUUAUAGACGUGAUCUUAGCUGUUGGCACAUUAACGUUAAAUCAAAAAAGGAUCUCCUGUUGAAAAUAAACACUUCAGUCGUAACAGGAGGAUGUCCAAACUUGGUUGCACGUGAUCAGGUUUUAAUCUAUUCUUCUGUGGGUUCUGAAGGGGAGGCGCAGCCUUUACUGAAGAUGACCUUUUCUCCUACACACGCUUACGUAUUACUCUCAAACACUGCAUUCAAAUGAGCAUUUACUCAACACCCACUUCACACGUAAACUUUAGCCUGCAGCUUACACGGUUCCUAUGGUAACAGCUCUACAAUGUACUCGUGCUCAGGAGAGCGUCUGAAGAAAGCCUUCUCUACAUUCAUAUUUAUACACUGAUAUUUAUAUGUGGACAAGUAGCCAUUAGAGGUGAAGUGUUGAUGAAUGGAUGAAUAUAUGAAUGAAAGUGAAGAAUCCAUGCUUUGCUCUUCUUUUUUUUAACUCAAAUAUAAGCUAAAGACAAGCUGAGAAAACAGCCUGUGGUAGACAUGCCAUUUUAUUGCUGUGCUUGUAUACACUGAGGGCGAUAUGUGGAGAGACCCUUUUAUUUACCAUGGAGAGGACACAUCACAGCUUUACAGAGAGAUAAACACUCUCCAUUUUAAAGGUGGAUUGCUCACAGGGCUCAGCUGUGAGAAAGAGGGAGGAUUUUAGUUUCCAUAUGAACAGGUGCUCUGUUUUUACUCUGAUAUGUAUUCUGUGUCCUGCGACGUUGUGCCAUGUAGUCUACUUUCAUGUUGUUAAGUGCUGUACAGCUUUGAUUUAUAAAGCACUGUGCUGUCUUUCAUUUGGGUUAUACUGUGUCCUGUUUUAUGCUAUUGUAAGAAACUUAGUUUUGUUGCGUUAUACUGCGUAGCGUCUUGGCUUGUCCAUUGGUUUUUGGAGGUUUCACAUGGUGCUGUUUUGUAUCAUUUAGUAUUAUAUUGUAGUUUUACUAUGUCAUGUUGUGAUGUGUGUUAUCAUGCAACAUAUUGUCAUUUGACAUCAGAUGGUGCCAUAUCUUAAUGUGCCUAUUAUUUCACAUUGUAUUGUGUUUUUUUUUUUCAGUGUUGUGUUGCGUUAUUUGGUUGUGUCUCGAUAUAAUUCUCAAUGAGAUCAGCACAAAAGAUCGGAUUAGAUAAAAUGUUAUAUCACAUUGUAUUGUACAGUAUGGUGUCAUUGUCAUGUAUCGUAGCAUAUCAUAUAGUUUGGCAUAGUAUGGUAUGGUGUUGUAUUUUGUUGUAUCAGACUGUAUCAUACUCUGCUGAGAUGGAGCUUGAGGUGCCUGCCUGAGUGCAGUCCUGUAAUUCUGUACCUAUGAGUGCAUGUCCAGAGGAUCCUGUUUGGGUAUAUAUUGGUAUGUCAAUAGAGCUUAUUCAGCAUCAAGGCUAAGUGGUAGGGCGUGGCAUUGGAUGGCAUGCUGUUGCAUGUUGAUGCAUAUUGCAUUUUAUCUUAUCAUAUCAAUUUGAAUUAAACUGAAAUGAAUUAAGAGAUUGUUUUCUUUUGUAUCACAUUGUAUUGCAUGGAUCUCGUCAUAUAUUGUUGUAUUUUAUCUUAUUGCAUAGUAAACUAUCAAAUUGCAUUGUUUCACAUAGAAUCACAUGAGAUAGAAUUUUGUCGGAUGACAUGCAGUAUUGUGUUGUGAAAUGUUCCUGUGCAUCCUUAUGUGCUAGCUCUUGUUGCACUGUACAACAUUGUAUCCUAAAUUAUUGUUAUGUGUCAUAUACUGCAGUACAUUUGUUCUGAAGUUACAUAUUAAGUCAAAUGUUAUUGGAAUCUAUCAGGUUACACUUAAUCUCAUUGUGUUUAUUUAUUGAAUACAGUAUUUUGUACUUUUUUGUACUCUCUUGUAUGUAGCUUUAUGUGUUGGCAGAAAACAUUACACAGUAUUGUAUGAAGCAUUUUUUUGUGUCAGUUAGUGUUUAAGUAUAUUUUAUUACAUGAUAUGAUAAAGACUCAUAUGUAUGGUAUUGGGUACUGCAUUGCAUUGAUGUGUUAUGUUAUUGUAAGUGUUGUAUUGCACUGGAUCAUUGUCCAUCUGUGUAAAGUUCAUAGAGUUUUUACGUUGGCCUUUCCCCUCAGUUUUCUUAUUAAUGGCAUGCUCAAAUGGAUAGGACUGACAUUAUUAUUUACAUAAGCCCUAAUUAUCACAAGCUUUGAACACACUCUAUGUGUUCUCUGUCUCAUUGCGCCUCCUGCAGCGGCUCUAAUGAGCAGCCUCCAUCAAAGACUGUGGAAAGGGCAGCCGUAACACCACCCUCGACAGCCACUGUCUGGGCAGAGAGGAGGGGAGUUUGCCUGCACGGUUGUUUCGACCUGAAUGGAAACAUUCACAUGUCCAGUCCGUCUGCAGAGGAUUCCUGGGAAGGAGCUGAGGCCCAGCCUUGCCCCAGAGAAAAUGAGGCAGCACAUGAAGAUUCAAGGAUAAGAUCAGAGGAGAACCAACACUUUAUUUAUAGAGGUAGGAAGUAAACUAUUUUUACUAACUACUAGUGACUUUAAAAAUGUUAAUCUUUUCAAUCUUUUGUGCACAUGUUUGCAAAGCUAUGAAGAUUUGUUCAUUUGUUCAAAUGUGUUCAUUCACAUCAGUAAGCCCUAAAGUAAUUCCGAAUUUAGAACAGAUGUGUCAAUAUUAUCAGCAGUUUGUCGACAGCUGGGGAAGAAAAAGUUUCCUUUGUGAGAGAUAAACAUACAGAUUGACAUGCAGCUGCAAUGAAAGAAAUAACAGAUGUAGAUCUAAUACUGCGUUUAGAUUAAUUUCAGAUCUCAGCAUUGCUUUACAGAAGUUUUGAGGGAAAUUUGGAGAAAACAUAUUAGUUUUUUUCAUAGAUUAUUAACUGUUUUCAACAAUAUUAGUAUUUUCAAGUUCUAUUUUUGUGAUCAAGAUGCGUAAAGUAAUGAUUUUCUUUUAAGUGUUUGACAUUGAAAUGCUUAAAUUUUUGCCCCAGAAGUGCACUAAAUUCAUAAAGUGACACCAAAACAUUUACACCAUCAUUUUAUUAUUAUUUUACAAUCAUGCUGGGACCAAUGCUUAGCUGAUUGAAGAAUUAUGCUUGAGGUGAGGCAGAAUGUUAGACAUUGUGUAUAACAUCAAAUUGACAGGACUGGGUGCAAAAAAAAAUAGGCUUGUGUUUAUUUAUUUAUUUGUUUGGAGAAAUACACUGAAGUGAUGAGAAUAGUAUAUCAGCAGCACAAUCUGAUGGUUUCUGAUACUUAAUGUUAUUCAAAUUAUUUUGACUGCAUCCUGAAAAAACUAAAAGGAUUUUCUGUGCUUUAUCUUUUGAAUAACCCCAAAUUUUCACAUAAAAAGAUUUUUAUUUUUUUUUUAUUUUAUUUUAUUGCCAACACAACAAACACAACACUAAACAUAUUUCUUAAUAAGGGUUUCAUUUGAAUCUCAGCCCCUUGUGGUCAAACUAAGUAUUGCAAAAAUAAACAAUUAAAAAAACUUAACCUGUCAAAGGAAAAAUCAAGGCAGACAAAUCAUCUUUUCCAUUUUACCAUGAAGGUGAAAUGAUGGUGCUGGGGGUCAGUAUGACCCCAAAUGAGGUCAGUGUUGUAAAUGAUGGAUAAGUGGAUAUCAUUAUAAAUUAAAAACAGGAAAAUUGGGGGGGGAAAUGGUCAAGAAAAAAAUCAGCUUUUGUUGUAGGUGUAAAAAUAAAGAGCUUUGAAAGUUAUGUUUUGAAUUUGGUAAUUCAGUUAUAAACACAGAGGAAAAACCAAAUGGGUCUGACUAAAAACAUUUUUCAGAGCUCUAUGCCUCGUUGAUUUAUUUUGGUCAGCUGCUGGCAAUAUUCCUAAGAGCUGUGACUGACUGUUGGAUGCUGUUCUUAAGAUUGAUGCAUAUUCAUAACAGUCCAAGAAAUACUUGCAAACUCUUCGGGCGUUACCAUGGAAAUCCUCUGCAUACUGUAUGUGGUGUUGAUUACAAACAAGCUCAUACGAGGGAUUGAUUAGAGAAAAUGACAAUAAAAGAAGUGCGAGUUGAACUCAGAGGCUGAUCUGUAAAACAGUGGUUGCUUUGUGCAGCUGUGACGGGAUAAGCAGUGCUUACCCCUGCACCACACUUGAAUCUCUUUCUCUCUCUGAUUUCUUGAUAUGAAUCCAGUCAGUUAUUUUUCCUCUCCACGUGAUUCAGUCCCUCUCUCCCUCUUUUUGUCCUCUUUCCCUCACUCCUCUCUGUCUCUGUUUACUGUUGGAGGCAUGAGCACUGACGGCUCAGAUGCAGGGGUCAUGGAGGGAGGAGAGUAUUCGGUGGGGGGCAGCAAUGAAAGCCCCUCUGAAGCUGAGUGUCUGUCGGGGAGAGAUGAAGGCCUGACAGGAGCCCACGAUGAGCAGAUGAGCCCGGACUGCUCAGAGGACAUGGAGGACAGCGACUCCGUGGUGUCUGAGCAGCUUGUCUCACCUGGAUCCAGAGCGGACAUGGCACUGGGCCUGAGCGCUGGUUCGGCGUGGGCUUUGGCUUUUUACGGAGAGGAUUGUUUUAGUCCAGAGGUGAUCCAGUAUGCAGGGAAUCUGGGUCAGCACACAGGAUCACCAUGUGUGGAUGUGAAAACACAGGUGAGUUGAAGCUGUGACACUCACUGCCUGUGCGUCAUAUCUGACCUGACCUGCGGGUGUUACAAAAAAAGAGAUCCUCCUCUGCCAGCUCAGUGGACUCUGAAUCAUGCAGUCCAGCUCUGUCUAGUUCAUCUUCCAGUAAAUAAUGAGAAAGAUGUUCAACAUGAUCAGGUGGGUUACCAUUAACUAAAUACUUGUUUAUGAGAAAUAACUAAUUAUUCUCUGAAAAAGGACAUAGAUCUACAGUUGUAGAUUUCCAUCAAAAUCAUCUCUGAAAUAUUUCUUUGACAGAAAAUGGUUUGUGGUCACAUAUACAGUUUUUUUCUUUCCAAUUAUUUUCAUAUUAUAUAUGCUUAGGCUCCUGAGUGCCUGUUGGACACAGUUUUAUUUACCUCGCCUGCUUUUUUAAAUUUGAGCUGGAGUUGUUUUCCUGUCUUUAUUAAAAUAUAACAGAAUUUCUCUCCCAUUGAAAGGAGGUGAAAAUGUGUGGGGACUUGAAGAUAAUUGUUGUUUUAUUCUCUCCACACUGGAUCUGAAUAUUAAUGUGUUGAACUUAAACCCCCCUGGCAGAGGAAGUUAUUAUCAUUUGUAAAAGAAUAUUAAUGAAAAAGCUCUUUGUAAUUAUUUGUUUGUACACUCUGAUGGCACAGGCGGCGUGUGCAGCAGCUCUCAGCACACCUCAAGAGGCUGGCUGCUGCGACUUCUCACUUCAAAAGAGCUCCUGCGCUCUGUUGCCACGGUGAAGAGCGAAAAUAAAACACUGUUCCAUGUACAAUGGAAAGACCCAAAGGCUUCUUUAGUGAGGAGCAUGUGGUGAUAUUUUAAGACCACUUGUAUGAUCUGUGUGAUGUACUGUAUCGGUUUCCAGGAACUGCAGCAGCAGCUCACGAUUGAAACAAGGAAUCUAAAGAAAACCAGAAAUUUCUACCACAAGCUGAUUCAGCAGGAGAGGAAAAACAAAGGUAGGUUAGUUUUUGUAAGUGCACCUAUCUAGAAAUUAUAAGCUCAGUGUCCAUUAAAGUCUAUAAAACUAUUAUGUGUCCCAAAGGUUCAGAUGGCAAACUGAUGCUGUCCAAGCUCAAGAGCCAGCUUGAAGAACUGCGAUCCAAAGUGAUCUUCUUGGAUACUGUGAAGAAGUACCUGGAGGUACUGACACACACAACAGUACCAGAAUACAGUAUAGUUACUUUUGCACCUUUUAUUGUCAAGUUUCUUGUGAUGUCACAUAGUAUUUGAGAUAUCUCCUGUAAGUCGUCCCAGGGUCACGUGUCAACUAUCUGCUGCUGUGUACUGAGGCAGAAGCAAAAAAACAGGAUUUUAAAAUUAAAGUUGUAUAUGUAUGUACGUAUAUGUAUGAGGAAUACCAGGGAAACAGUGAGUAAAAUGGUACAAGAAUCAUCAUGGGGAGUUAUAAUUUGGCACAGCUUUUAUAAACAGCUGAAUGCUUCAUCUUUUAGCAUAUCAACGUCAUAUCCUUGUGAGCAUCAGGAUUUUGAAAUGAACGUACAGGAAACUGAGUGUGUUCUGAGGAAGGGCGGACCAAAAUGACAGCAUAUAAACCCUUCUGUGACUGCUGUUCGACCCAAGCUCUUAAAUUGAACUUCACAAGAAGAACUUCUUGUAUCACUAUAUGUUGUUUUGAAGUAAAGUUUUGACCUUAAACAGAUUUAUUUUUAUUAUUCUCCAUUAUAACUGUGGGCUGAUAAGGCAAAAAAAAAAAAAACAGGUAUACUUAUGUGUGUAUAUAUUUAUUCAAAUAUUGUUUUUUUAAGGAUUCACUUAUGGGCUUUACAGCCUUUGUUUAGAAAGACAGGGCAGUGGAUAGAGGGGGAAAUGGGAGGAGCUGCUGGAUGGAAUCAUAUGUCCGUCCAUACAAGUAGGAAUCACGCUUAAACCAGUGACACAUGAUCUUUUUUUUCUAACCUCCUGAGCCUGUCCUCCAGGUGAAGUAAACUUUGAAGCCCAUCUCAGUCUUUUGCAUAGUGAUUGAGGGUGAGCGCAGACUACAUUAAAGCUUUGUGAUUGCUCCGCCUGCAGUUUACAACACUUAUAGGGAAUUAUACAUUUAAUUAAAACUAUCUUCCUGUCAAUGUGGCUGAUGGCACUAUGGACCUUAAGAGGGUGACCACAACACAAAAAAGGCAUGUCACUGGAAUCAUAAACACUCCGAUGUGAUUCCUUGUCUUUUUCAGGUCCUGGGUGUGGACCAGUGGGGUUUGGAGGUUUCAUUGCUACCCUCUUUAGCUGUCUGUGGACCAGGCUCUCUGGACCUUCAGUCAUCUGAGGAACAAUCCGUCCUGAGUUUUGGUAACAGCAAAGGGAAGAGAACUCUGCAAGCAGGGUCUCCUGAAGGUCUUAUGGCUUACCUCUACGCCAGGUACGACUGCUGAUGUUGAAGUUCAAGGGUCUUCUAGCGGCGUUUAUGACAUUGAAGCUAAGAAACAAAAUGAAAAUAUCAGAAAUGAAAUAUCAGUUAGUCCAACAGUACAUAUCAGGUCCCAGCCAUAGCACUAGCCACCAAACAUAUUUUCAGCUUUGCAUGAUUUCUUUGGCAAAGAGACUAAACACAACUCACCCACUCUCUUCUAGCAGCUGCUUGUUUGUACGGAGACUUUGGGCAAGUCCAUUACCAACUGCAGCGGGGUGACGCAGCUCAAGGAAGAACAUUUAUGAUCAUUUUUUCACGGAAAUGCAAUCAGACCGAGACGCUAAGGCAGAAGAACUACCAUGUCUGCAGUGUAAAAUGAUUAAUAUGGUGAUUAUCACUUCGAGGAAAUGAUAAAGAAAUGAUCAUAAAUGUUCUUCCUUGAGCUGUGUCACCCCGCUGCGGUAAAAUUAAUUUUACGCCUGAAUAUCCCUUUAAGAUAGUUUGCAGUGAGUGUUUAGCAGUUGGGAUGAAAGCCAAUGUCUCUAUGGCUGAUUCCGUGGCCCCACCCCCAGAUGAGUGAGCCGUUACCCCAUGGAACGGCUGUAAAGAUUGUACACCCCAUGAUUUAAAGUUACUCAUUCCAGGUGAAGGUAAAACAGAUAAUGAGAUUGACAGAUAUGUUAGGACAGCAGUACUGUUGGCGUUGUUGUCUGCACCGUCAAGGUAAAGAAGGAGCUGAGUCUGAGGAUCCAACCUCCUCAUAAAAUCAUAAGCUAUGAAAAGUGUCUCAAAGAAUGAGAUCUCAUUUACAAGCAGAUGAUGAGUUUCCUUCACAGGGUGGUUGGGUUCAGCCAGGGUCAGGAGUAAAGGCACCCACUGCUCCCUCACAAAGAAAGAGGGCAGUUCAGACAUCUGAUUUUUUUAGCAACUGAGGUCCAGACUGAAACAUUUACAGCCUGCAGUGGGUAGAUUCUCAGCUGAUCUUGUGUGAAGAGCCAAACAGUUUUUUUGAUUUUCUUUAGUCCUUUGCUAUGCUGUAACUGCUUCCCCUGAAAGCAGCAGUUAAAUGUUAUUCAAGGCCCUCGGUCAGGACACUCCAGGAGCAUCAUAUGAUCACCCCCUCUUAUUAAGCACAGUAUUAAACCGCUUUAUUUGAAGAGUUAUUCUUGCUCGCACAUUUUCCCUCAUAUUACAGUCAUAUAUAACUCUUUUAUAAGCACUUAAACUGUCUUAUUUCUUUUUUCAACUUUUGUGUUUUUCGCUGAUUUACCUUUUUUUUUUUGUUGUUUUUUUUUCUUUUCUUUGUGUGAUGUAUUUUUGCUAUCUCGUUUAGAAAAUUGCUCUUUAUACAAAGUUUUUUUUUUUCUUCCUCUGUUAAAAGUUAAAUGUUUUGAUUGUUGAACUUUAUUUCUUUGCAGAAAUGCAGCUGUGGAAGGCUACAUCCAGCAGUUCCUCUACACCUACCGUUUCCUCUGCACACCUGAACAGCUGCUGCACUUCAUCAUGGAAAAGUUCAUCAGUGCUGCAAGGUACGUAGAGAAAGCUGCAUACAGCUCGGUAUAAAGAAAACAAAGUUCGGUAAAAAGGAACACUUUGAAUUAAAUAUAUUACUUAUUUUACAGACGAGGUGCAGACAUGUCAGGAGACAGUGAGAAGAUCUUCCAUCGCAGUCUGGACCUGCUUCAGUUCUGGGUGAUGGACUGCAGACAAGUGGACUUCACAUCCAAACCCAGCCUUGUGGAAACCUUAGAAAACUUUCUAAAUACAGAGGUAACUACAAAAGCACUGAGUUUGAUGGCUUGACAGUGACCUUGAAUAAUUUUACCGUAUAGUUUCUAAUAUGUGACCACUGUAAAUUUUCUGACUGUGUUAUCAAUCUUCAGGAGAAAACACAAGUAGUUAUAAAACGUUAUCGUUCUCUUGAAUCUCUUCUUUGUUUUAUUUCUUCACAGGUGAUCCCUGUGGACAGCCGGGGGGAGGCCAUACUUGCGGCCCUCCACAGUAAGACUUUAAGCCACGGUAGAGGAAGCCUGACCAGCUUUGAGGAUGAUGAUGAUUCUGUGUCUCUGCAUUCAUCUACUGAGGACCUCGGAAGAAAGGUCAGAAUGAUAACUCUAAAAGGGAAUAAGUGAAAUUACAGUGUUUCAAGCGUUGGCUUUUUUAAAAUUAUUUAAGGGCCUGAUAGACACAAAAAGCUCCUCUGGUUUUCUUAAAGCAGCCUUGGGGGUCAGGCUGCCAUUAAUUUGGGGGGCAGAGGCACCAAAUCAAAGUAGGUUCACUAAACUAACGUAAUAAGUAGCUGUUCAUUAAACUAACUGAACUGAACAUUUGAACUGAACAUUUGCACUGAAAAAAAAAAAAAAAAAAAAAAAAAGGAAAAAGGACCACAUUCAGAAACCUUGUGAAGUGACAGCCUCCAUCAUCAACUCCAUCUUCAGUUCUCUGCUGUUUCAUCUCUCUUCUUGGUUUUCUUCUGUGAAAAAUACCCCAGAUCAAAUGGACCAGAUUGAAAUGACUGCAGUCAGUCUGAAAAAGUCUGAGAGCCCAUAUUGUUAAUAUGCAGAGGGGAAAUGUGCUAGACCUCAGAGCAACAAUUUCAUUGAGUGAUAACAGACCACUGCAACGGAGUAUUUACCAAUAAGAAUCAAGUAUUUAUCCCGGUAGUGUUCAGGUGUGAUACGAUUUAUUGAAUCAUCACCUCAGCACCUUUAACUUUGAUGAUUUGUUUAGGAUGUUUUGGACUGAACUUUAAUGUUUUUUUUAGAGCUAGUAAGAAACGCAACAAUAAUAUUUGUACCGGUGAUGAAAAUGUAUUUGUGCUGGGAGAAACAGCUAUGUUUGAAUCACGAGAUGGUCUUCUGGUCAUCUCUCCUGUCUUGAAUAUCUCAUUCUUGACCCUCUAUAGUGGAGAUUCUCCAGAGUAGUGGAGCCCUCCUCAACUCUGCCCAAAGAGAAGACCUUCUCCAUCGCCGCCGCCCUCCCUAUGCCGUGCUACAGCUCCAUAUUGGACGACCUCUCUAAUGUCUGUCUUCACGGUGAGGAGCGACUCCCAUUCAGCCAGAGUGAAUACAGCGCCCAGCACAUCGCCCAGCAGCUUACCCUCCUGCAGCAGGUACACACUCAUACACACUCUGUACACCUGCACCUCAACCUCAGCUCAUGUCAUUGUUGUCUCUUCCUUCUACCACUAGAGGAAGACAUCUGCUUUGAAUGCAUGUCCAAACUGAUACUGUAAACCCUGAUUUAGUAUUAAAUUCUGUAACACAGGAAGUGUUUCAAGGAUGUCAUCCAGUUCACUUUCUGAACUCCAGAACAUUAGGAAUCAGGGACAAAUCCUCAGCCCUCAACAAGUGAGUAUGAUGUACAUACUUCUUACAGCUGUUACUGCUUUUGUUGUCAUGUAUUUCACUACCAUGUAAAUGUUUUAAACAGCAAUAAAAAAGUAGAGGGUGUUGAUGAGUGGCAGUACGCCUAAGUUUCAUUUUUCAAAGCCUCUGUAGCUGCCUGAUGGGUAACAACUUAUGGAAAGAUUGAUUAAAACACAAGUAAAUGUUGCUGGUAACCCCUUAUACUUUUGACCCCAAUGAAAAACAAAUCUGAUUUAAGUUAAAGAAAUCAUGGAUUACUUUUACAUCAAAUGGAAUCAAGUAUAAGUAGAUCAAACAGGUCUAUCAGAGCAGAAACUGGCCUAAGCCUGAAUUCUAAAUCUGUUACCCUGAUGUGAGCUUUUUAUAUUAUUUGUUAUGUGUUAAAAUCAUAGUGUUGUUACCAAAAUGUUAAUGAAAGCUUAAAUAAAUGGUUUGCAAAUGAUUAACUCUAUGAUGAGUAUGAAAACACUUCGUAUGUUAACAUUGAUUUUUUUGAUUUUUUUUGCAUGGAAAAAUAUGUUAAUUUAAUACCAGAAAUGGAUUUAAAAACAGUCCAAACAAGUACAACGUUUAAAAGAAAACUACCCGGAGGAACAACUCUUUAGAUCUUAAAGAGGUUAGUAACCUGAGGGUGAGGCUGAAACUCUCAGGAGUAAAGAUGGAAGCAGGGUCAUCACUCUAUGACAGACCUGAAGGUAAAUAGUGAAACAAUUCCAGGAUAAUGUAUGUGAGUAUAGAAUUUAAAAAAAAGGGGGAUUUUAUCAUUUAUCUGUAAAAAUCUCUGUUCAAAAGGGACCAAGUGGACUGGCCUGUAUCUUUCGGCCAUGAGGCAGCAUUGCAGUGAAAACUCACAUGACUCUGUAGCGGAAAUCACUGCAUGUGCUCAUAAUCAACCCAAAAACAUUGUCGGUGAAGACAGUUUGUCAGUGUAUCCCCAAAUACAUGUUUAAACUGAGCCAUGCAAAAAAGAGCCAGAAAUCCAGAAAUGCGGACAGCUUCCCUGGGCCUGACCUCAUUUAUAAUACAAUGCAAUGCAAGAACUUUAUUGAUCCCCUGAGAGAAAUUCAUUUAUGGACUGAGGUGAAGUGGAAACGGUCAUGUGUACUGAUGAAACACAGUUUGACCUUCUUGUAGGACAAAUUGUCCUCCAACUUAAAGAGAAGAGCGACAGUUUGUUCUUGCCGCAGAGUUAAAACCAGCAUCUUUGAUGGCGUGGGUAGAUUUUACAUCUGAGAGGGCUCCAUUGAUGUUAAAUAGGAUUUGGGGCCACAUAUCCUUCCAUCCAGACAGUGCCUUUUUCAGGGGAGACCUAACUUUUUUCAAGCAAAACAAUGCAUAACCACAAUCCUCAGGUAUUUUAACAACAUAGCUCUGUAGUAGAAGAGUCCUUGUGCUUGCCCUCUAUUAAAAAUAUUUGGUGCAUCAUGACACAAAUGAAGGAGACCCUUCACUGAUGGGGAGAAUACCAGGGCAACAUUUCUCUUUUGAAACUGCAGUAACUGGUCUCCUUGGUUCCCAAUCAUUUAAGAGACUGCUGUUAAAGAGUUGAUGCGGAGCAAUGGUAGACAUGCUUCUGCCCUUACUCACUAGUAUUGUGUUGCUGGUAUUACAUUAAAAAAAAGAGCAUAUAUUGUAUUUUUCAUGCUCAUAACUAAAAGAGAAAAUUAGAAUUUCAGCCCCCCAACCUGUGUAGUAGUUUUUGCUGAAAAAUGACUCAAACAAUGAUAUAAUUAUCAUACUCCAUUUAUUUUUCUUUUGACGUAAUAACCUACAUGACUAUCAGCUAAUUAAAUCAUUCAUGUUUCUAUAAUCUACCAGGAAUGUGUCUCAGCAUGUUUCACCAGCAGAGGGCGGCACACUACUUGAUUGUGAGGGGAUGCAGUCACACAGCUUCCUCCAACAGCUGCUCUCAUACGCCGACAGUGUCACUAACUGGAUCUCCGCUGAAAUAGUCAUCUGUGACUCAGCCAAGGUGAGAGGACAUAUGAAUCAUCAAGGUAACAGAGUCAGCUGAGGGAGAUGCGAGUAAGAAGUCUAAUUGUUUUUCAUUUAAAACACUAUUUUAGUGUGUAGUCUGCUCAAACACUAAACGGUUUCUUUGGAGUAAUUCUUGCCAAAAUAUCCCCAUUAAAUAAAAAAAAUUAAUUAACACUGCUAAAGUCUUUCAGGCUUUAAUUACAUUGUUUUCAGUGAGUACAAAUUCUGGUUUAGAGAUUCACUGAAAGUACUGUAAUCAUCCUUCUCUGUUUUGGUAGGAAACAACUUCCGAAGCCUCUUAAACUGCUUUUCAGUAACAACCUCAGUACAAAGGAGUAAUUUAACAAAAAACCCUUUUUUGAAAAAAACUAAUCCCGACAUGUUAUGGUUAAAUCAGGAUCAGAAACUAAAUAGUCUGUUAAUAACUUAGUUUGUUAGUAUAUCUUUGGCUCAAAGGACAAAAACUUUCCUGUACGCUGAAAUAUGGAGCUCACUGCCUCGACAUCAUUAAAGUGUAACAUCAUCAAAGAUAUAAAGUAUAUCGGCCACUUUUUUCAGUGACUGUCCAAUGAAAUGGUUUUAAUAACUGUCAGCAGGACAAGAAUCAGAUAAUACUGACACUUAGCGGAUAAUAACACAGCGCAUUAACCUGCCGUCAACUUUUAAAACCACUUUUAUCUUCCACUCUUAAACCCACAGUUCAACUACUUUCAGUCCCAAUGAUAUCGUAAUGACACUCAAAAAAGUAAAAGUCUUAAAAUCUUUGUAAAUUCAAUUUCUAUCACAUCUAUGGGAUGAAAAAACAUGUCACAGUGAAGUUUUAACAGGACUGAGCCUUUAGUUGUGGACAUCAGGGUGAUAAAAAAGUCACUUUUUCACGUUUUUUGCACUUUAAUCUGCAUCAGACCAAAACUAUUCAGAACUAACAUGAGGACCAAAAAUGACAGUUAUAGAAGUUUAUUUAAAUGAAAGGUGCUUUAACUUGAACAGUGUUAACCUUUUUUCUGAUAAUCAUCAUUGAAGAGAUACUCUGAAAUCCCCUCAUGAGAAAGCAAAACUCAUCUCACAAAUCUGAAAUCACUGCUCAGUUGGCUGACCUGCAUUGUCUACCUGCAGACCAAAUCACUGGCACAUCCUUGUCUAUGAGGUAGUUUAGUUUUAUUCAUACUAUUUUGAUUAAAUUGGUUUGAAAAAUGACAAAGGCUACUGUCUUUACCCUGUGAUCCAGCCACUGCACCUACUACACCUAAGCUUUCUGUCCUCCGAGUGGAUGUUUUGGAUGUUUUAUUUAAAGCACAUUGAAGAUUAUUUGACAGAUGUCCUAUGUGAUCCAGGAUUUGUUGACAUGUUUGAAACAGUUAAAUGUUGUAUGUCUGUAUUUUUGUUGGGAUGUGCUGCUGCUCAUUUUGGCUCGGAUAAAUAAACGGAUAACCUUGUAUCAGUCAGUCUGAGACUUUUGAAAGCAAAGUUUCAGCAUAUCCGUUGGUGCUAUCUACCAACUCUAAUGCUUCUUCGACUGAGUGUAAUAUACUAUAUUUAAUCACCUCUUUGUUUCUUCAUUUUCUCUUUAUCAGAGAGUUUGAACCUUUUACCUGCAGUCUUCUGCAAAGUUUGUUCUACCUCAGUCAAAUCCGUAUCACAUGUAACAUCAUUGAAGUAAAAUAAUGAGAAGAAUGAACAAAAACAAAUGGGUACCAGGAGGAUGUGAGAGCCGCGCUCCUUCGAAAGCCUUCAGACCUUACAGAUGGACUUUUCAGGCUGGUUGUCGUAAAGACUUCAAAAGGUGCUUCAAAUGAUUUCAGGGCUCUAACUUUUACUGCAUCUCCUCCUCAGCUUCUCAUACUUAACAAAGUUUGUCUUUUCACAGUGUGUGUGCCUCUAUUUUUGAGUAUAAUUAAUCACUCCUGUGAUGAAUGGAGCUAAUUACAUUAACAAUGAAAAGUUAAACUUCAUUAUAAGACCUCCUGCGACCACGGUGAAGUCUGAUUAGAUUUAAGCUCUUGUAAUGAUGGCAUUCUUCUCCUGUCGUUGAAUGCGAACCGUCUUCUCUGUCCUGCAGACACAAUCUGCUGUGCUGACCAAGUAUCUGUGGAUCGGGAAGCACUGCUAUGAAGCGAGGAACUUUGCCACCGCCAUGCAGGUCCUUGGGGCGCUGGAGAACGUGAUUGUCAGGCAAUUACCGGUGAGACUGCAUCUCAUAAGCUCCUCCUCACACUGAAUCUGAGUUUCUGUUGUGCGUCUGAUACCCUCAAGCUGAGUGUUUUCCAUGGCUGUGUGAGAAUCAGUCUGUGUUUAAUUAGUUUUGAGAAGUAGAAAGUAGAAUUAAUGCAUUCAGAUCAGAUGGAGGGAGUGUGGAGAUAUGGUCCAUGAGUCACAGUCGUUUAAAACUCUCACAAUUAAAAAAAAAAACAGUGCAUACAUGAGGUAUUAUGCAAGGUAUUUCCAUAUUUCUGUCCAAUGGCAGGGUAUAUUCAUCGAAGUGAGCGCGUAAUUAGUUUUAAUUUCACUUCCUCUAAAUAAAACUCCCUGGUCUUUUGCCAACAGGCUUGGAAACAUCUGUCUUCCAAGGUGUGUGAGAUCCUGGAGGAGCUUCGAGCUGUGCAGGUGUGUCUCUGCGUGUGUGUGUAGGUGUGUUUGAGCAAGCACUCACGUAUGUUGUUUGUAACUGAAGGCUCGGUUGGUCACAUAUUGUGGAGAUGGGCUGCAGGGCAAACAAAUCGAUAGAAAAACAGCUUCGAGCAAAGCGGACAUGUGCAGAAGGCUUACAGCUGGCUCUGCUCCUUAAAGUUUGCCUCUGAAAGAUCCUGGUGCUUCAAACUUCAGGCUCUGGUCACCGACUGAGCUGUUAUGAUGAGAACCAUGUCCACUGUAGCUGCUCUUGCUAUUUUGGAUUCAUUGGGAAACCUCCACAUGUUUAGUCAGAGCCAUAAGUAGCUUUCUCUCUGUCUUAGGUGUUUCUGAAGAGUGAUGACCUGUGUCUCAUGGGGGGAGAACAUUCCAGAAAAAGGCCCACCCUGCCGUCAGCUCACAUCCUGGCUAUGCACGUCCAGCAGAGAGAGAUUGGAGCCUUCACCCUAACCACUGGAGCGUACAAGUGGACCAAGCUCAGGUAAAGAGGGAGGUGGGUCGGAUUAGUAAGACGCUGCUAUUGAUCUGAUGUUUGCUCAAAAGUGUUUUGUCUGUUUCAUUUCCGCUUUUUAUUUCUCGAUGGUGAAAGUCAUGACUAGAGGCAGGAGAUAUUUUUGGUUCUCUGUCUAUCAAGACUGUUUCAUUUAUAUGAGUGCAAUAUGCCGGGGCUGCUGUGAGGGGAUGGCCUAAGAUUUUGCACAAACAUCCACAUGGACUCCAGGAUGUGUGGCUUAUAGUAGUCAGAUCUCACCCUGACUUUGUUUAGGACUUAAAGACCAUAAUUUAAGAAUUUAUGUGUCUUUGGUCAGGGUAUGUACGGUCGUAAAUAGCAGCAUACAGAUCAAAAGGAUCUGCAUAGGAUCAAACCACACAGCUUGUCAUAUAUUUUGGUUAAGAAAUGCUGUGUAUUUUGACAUGAAUUUUUAUUCUUAUGUUUCAUACAGUCAGGAAAGCUUCAGAGAACAUAUCCUGAUGAAAACAUGUCUCAAAGACAAUUUUAAAAUCAUAGAGAUUGUUACCAAAACUAGUAAUGAUCAGUCCCUCCAAUAACUAUCAUUGUGCACCAUUUUUUCAUCCUUGUGGCCAGUCUCCACAGAUUUGCCCUUACACCUUAUUUGCCCCUCAGGUUUUGUCAAACAUAUCACCAACCACACUGAUCCUUAUAGGUCUGCGGUUUGUGUGAACAUUCAAAGGUGAUUAGUUUAGCUUAAUUCAGUUUAGCGGCAUAUCUUAGAAAAAAGACAGGAGCAAUAAAUGUUUAAACAUUGUGCAGGGGAGGGUGGAAACCCCAAGAGGCUGAUGAAGAUGCCUCCCCUCCCCAGGACAGACAAGAGAUAAAAUAAGCAGCAAUGCAGAUGAGUUAAAAAGAAGAACAAUAACAUGGUUACAUGUUUACAAGAUGAGAAGUUAAUUCAAAACUUAGUUGAGUUCGUAAAUUUUCCAAAACCUAUCAGAAGGAUGAUCACGACUCUGACUGCAGAUCUGCAGAGAGGUUUUGUUUGCUGUGUCUGUCUUUUCAUCGGGGGACUGGAUUCUAUUUUUUUUCUAUGAAACAGACAGCUGAAGUUCUCACAGAGCUCUGAUGUGAUUGUGUUUUUCUUUUCUGUCAUGAAUAACUCAGAAAUAAUUUACUGAUCUCAGAGGAAAACUCUGUGAUGAAAUAAGCAUCUUUACUCCACUGCCUCAAACUACAUGGUGACUUUAGGGAGACUCCAUGACUUACAUCUAUAAUAAUAACAAAUCAGUGCUUGAUUUCGUCUGAUAACUAUUCCUCGAGGUUUUCUUAUUUAAAACUGUUCUCUGUUGCUUAUCAAUUCCUAAUGCCUUGUGUUGGAUCUUGACCAGUUUACCAAACAGGGGCUGUUUACCAAACUUUCCUCCACUCAGAGGCUCUGUACAGACUGUGAAUCAGUGCUGAUGUCAAAGGGUUUUGGUGCAGUGCAGAUCAGCACCUGAUAUGACAGAUGGAACAGCACAGGCAUUCAGAUUAUGAUCUGCUCAUUUGGAUUAAGUGUACCAAAGGUGGUAAUUUAUGUCAUUUAUUCAUCAACUAUUGCUCUACAGUCACUCAUAGUUGAUGUGUAGUGCAAUACAAGAAACCCUGAAACAAUCUGAAACUGCAUCACAACUUGGUCCACUAGAAAUAUGCCACACUGCGGGGCAUCUGACAUAAGAACUCGACCCAAGAUAUCUUUUGGGAUGGUUCAGCAUUAUUAUUUUAGUUAAAUAAUGAAUUUUACACAAUGUGGUCAGUGGUUGUAUAUUGUAAACUAACAUUAGCCAUGUUUACAUGUGCAAAAUUUCUUGAUCCGAUUAAAAAUUUGAGGGAUCAGAUAAUCUGAAUCCACUGUUCAUAUGGGUGCAAAGUCAAAUAAUCCGAUCGUGACGUGCGUAUACAUGCACCAAGCUUUAUUCAGAUUAGAAGCAUUUGGACAUGCACAGAGUUGUCCGAUUUCGCCAAAACAACCGCAGAAGAAGAGUUGUAUUUACGCCUGUGCGGUCAACAAACCAACAAACACUGUAGUGGCUCACUCCAUUCAAUUCAGGAGUUUUCCCCCUGUUAAAUGUUGUCACUAGAUGGCGCCCUUGCAUACUUAUUCUACUGUUCUGUCAAGGUUGCACUGUGCGCACAGAUGUAUCAUCAUUACGCUGUAUAAACGCCUUGUUAUGUUAUCAAAGGAGCAGACACGGCACCUGCGGUUGUGUUUUAUACCAGAGUGUUAAUAAUGAAACCUCCUGAACUGACCUCAAUAAAUAAGCCAAAGGCUAAAGAGUGAAGAUCGAGUCAGGUAAGAGAGUCACGAUCAGAAUAAGUGUUUACAUGGGCGCAUUUCAGAAUAACGAUUGGCAUAAACCACCCCUCUUGAUUUGUUGUGCCCAUGUAAAGACAGCUAUUGAUUUAUAUCAGCAAAAUUAUGAACUUGACUCGAGCGGUUCAUCCAAAUGCCAAAGAUCAUCUUGUUUGCACUGUGAUGCUUUCACCUGUUUUGGAACUCUUGUUCCUCAUUAUGAGCGCAAUUCCUGCUGGUUUAUUUGAUUCUUAAAGCUCCAGUGAGGAACUUUUAUUUGCAUCAGUUUUGGCGCCCUCUUGAGGACACUGAAGUAGCUCAUAUAUCUAUGCAGAUCUUGCCCUGUGUAAUAUCAUAGGUCUCAUGAAACACUUAACUCUCUGUGAAUCUUUUCAAUGGAAACAAAAGCUUUGUGGUGUUUAGUGCGCUGCUACCAAAUUCAUCUGACGCUUGCACCCUUGCAGGAGUUAUAAGCAUUAAAAAAACAUCAUAUGAGAAUGAUCACUUGGGUUGCCAAUGGUCUUGUUUGUAUUUGUAGGUCGUAAAGAGGCAUCAAAAUUAAUUUGAGUCUUUUCAUAACCAGCUAAAAACCCCUCACAGGAACUUUAACAUCAGUUUCAUUUGAGCAUGAAAACAAACAUUUAAUGACCUGAAAAGGCAUCGUUCAUCUACAGAGGGUGGAAAAAGUUUGGUUGGAAACUUUCUGCUCCAGAGUGAAAUUAAAGAAGUCAGUAAAAAAAAUCCUGCAGUGAAACAAUAUAACUACAUUAAAAUUUCAAAUAGGUCUCCGCUGUGCAAUCCAAUAAAUAUCAUCAGGCUCACAGCUUUAUUGCCACUCUCACACGCCUUUCUUUAUGAUACUGUAUCAUAUUUCCAUCCAGGAAAGCACAUCAUCCUGAACAUAAACCUGCUGGAAGAGUUUUUCUAUGUCUGUAAGAGGCUUUCAUUCCUGGCUGCUGCUUUCUUUGAUUAGUCUAAAACUUUGUUAACUUGUGGAAAAACUUUGUUUCUCAGAUGGACAGAAAGUUUGCAGAGCAUUGCCUUUUUUUUCUGAGACACAAAAUUUGCUCAACUGCAUAUUAAUCUUCCUCCUUUACUUUGAAGAUAACAACAGUUUUAAUCUCAUAAAUUAAAGUUUUGACGUUAAACGUCCGCCGAUUAACUUGUUUCCAUGAUAAAGAUCAGAUGAUGACAAAUUCAUGUUUGAUCUCUCCUGCUUAUGCCCUUGAUGAACUUGCAUCACUGUCUCAUUUUAGGCCUACAUCAGUGAUUAUAUUUGGUACGCUAGUUUUGUUGUUAUGAGCAGCUCUACAGCGUCACAGAUGCAGCUGAGAGUGCAGUGAACUUGAAAUCCAUCCAGGGGCGUUUCUUGGGUUGGAGGACUUUAGGAGCUGAGCCACAUUUCUUCAACUGAAACUUGAUUAAACAGUAUCUACUUUUUGUGACCCAAUACUAUAAUAAUAUGUUCUGAGUAUACCAAAAUAUUGUGACUUUUGAUUGAAUGUACUUAACUAGAAUAUUUUUACUUUUAGUCAACUAAAGUAAAAUGUUUAGAUUUUUUAUAUAUAAUUAUAUGAUUUAUAUGAUUUAUAUACUGAACUAAAUAAGAAAAUAUUGACUUUUUGUCUACUGUGCUAAAAUGUUUUGACUUUUUCAUUGACUAAAUUUCACUAAAUACUUUUGAAUUCUUGUUAUUUAAUUGAACUUCAGUAUUUUGACUUUUACCCACUUAAAAUGAUUUGACUUUUCCUUGACUUCAACUUCACCAAAAUUUUGACUUUUGAUGGAAUUACACUUGACUAAUAAAUUAUGACUUUUUACCAUCUAAGGUAAACUAAAAUGUUUUGACUUUCCUGGACUUAAACUAGACAGAGGUUUAUUGACUUUUCGUGAACUUUAACCAGACUAAAUAGUUUUGACUUUUUAUUUAUUUGAACCGGACCAGAAUUUUUUGGUUUUUGUUGACUGAAACGAGACAAACAUGUAUUGACUUUUCAUCUACUGACCCUUAAAUAAGAAAUUCUUACCUUUAGUUUACUGAAACUAGACAAUAGUUUUGACUUUUAAGGACUUACAAUUUUGCUAAAGGCACUGUGAGCUGCACUGUGUGUUUUAACAGGUUGAGAUACAAAUUUAAACUCAUACUGAUGACUCCUUUUUUCAAGCAAACAAAUCCGUCAGCAACGGAACUGAUCAUCUUUUCUGUUAUAAAGUCUGAUGCACUAAACCGAUGUGAGGAAUUAGGUGUCAGACCAAAUGACUGACAGCAGGCUGAAGAAAUAACCUUUUUGAAUUUUUCCCAUGGCAAGUUCAGAAAAAAGAUAACGGGUAUCUCUGUGUCCACAGGGGGAAACAAAAUUAACACAAACUAGAAGUUCUUCACAGAACCUGCAAAGGCGAGAUGUUGAUGAAAAAAAACAUACAGCCUAUGAAACAAGCUAGAGAGCUCUCCCUCUUAAGACUCCAUAUAAAAACAGCAAGUGUCAUUUACUGAUAAUUAGCUCUCUGCCCACAUCCAAAAUAUCCAUCUAUGACAAAGUCGGCCAACUCUCUAUGAGGAGUUUUUCCUGUGUCCUUCUCCUCCUCUCCAAUAUGGCUGACCAGAUGCUGGGGUCAAAUGGAGAGGUGGAGGGAUUGAGAUGGCACAGCUGUUGGAUUUGGGUUGUCAGUAGGGGUGCCAGUGGUGCACCAGAUGGAGCCUGUGGGAUGGAGUUUGAUUGGAAACGAGGUUUUGGGCCAGAUGCUGAGAGGCCACUGGUUGCAGCCAGAUGCUGGGGUCAAGAGAUGUAGCAGAGAGAAGCAGAGACACAGCUGGUUACCGUGGACCUGAGGUUACCCUCACUCUCUCCAAAUCAGGUCAAAGCUGGUGAGGCAGAUCGGAGGAAGGCUCGAGCCUGAUAUUCAGCAGAAUAAAAAUGAAUUUUCACUCUUUUUCUGUUCUGUGUCCCUAUUUCAUGUCACUCCCCCCCUCCUAUCCAUCCAUCUAUGGCCAAAGGAGCAUAGCAAAGGUUGUGAGUCAGAUCCAUGCCUUCCAGGAGGCUGCGUGCCCCUACAACCCAGAUCAGGAGCUGCAGGCUUACCUACGGAGCCGCAUCGCUCGGUUCGCCGCCUCUGACAUCCACCUCUUGGCCGCGGACAAUGGUGCCAACUUUCAGCAAACCAGUGAACGACAAACCCGGAGGAUCCAGGACACACUAAGGAGGGUUAAGGCCACUUUCCAAUGAGUUCAGACCGGGUCAGACCUCACAAUCCAGAGCCAGACACCACCACCGGGUCAACACCCCCAUGAUUAAGCUCAGACUCAUAAAACUCAGACAGCUCUGUUGAACUGGCAACUGAACUUUUCCACUUUCUGCCAAAGAUUUCUUCAAAUUAUUUAUAAUAUCAGUUUGGUACGAUGACCCUGAAGGUCAACUGCACAAACAUCUUAUGAUUACAGAAAAGGAUUUCAUUAACAUUUCACUAAACAUGCAAACAAACAAAAAAGUCCAAUGUAGUCCAAUCACUUAGUCACAGAUAAGAGGCAGAGCUCCUGAAAUCUGAUUGGUCACUCUAAUUUUCAAUGUUGGGUAAAAAGCCAACCAUGACUCAGGAUUUCAACUAUCUGGUUGUGUUUAACAGGCCAUAAUUGGUUUCUAUCAUUUCACUGAGGGAUGUUUCAUUUGUUGGUAGGCCCACUUUUAAUAUUGACCUUCUGUAAACAUCUUCUUUUUGGGUUUUUAAAGAAUCAAGUUCAGAAGACUUGAACGUUGUCACUCAGCUGAGUUACCAAUCAAACUUGGAAGUUACUUACAAGAACAUUAUAAAUUCUGGAUUCGUUUAUACUAGCAGUUGAAAUGUGGAUAAUUAAUGGAGAUAGCCCUCCAAGAUUUGGGGUAAAGCCAUGAUGUUUUCCACACCUGGCCACCCUUCAAAAGUCAGUGCCUUAGUUGGGCCACCCCAGACAAUAAGUUUGACUCCACCACUGCUACAAAUUCAUUCUUAUCUUAUGAAAUUAUAAUUUUUUAAUCCUGAAAAAUGUUUCUAAUACUUUUAUUGUUGCAUAAAAUAGUUUUCAGUUUUGAGAAAUAUUUGCAUUAAAACCUGUGGGGUGGGGGGUUAAGUGUGGUGCUUUUGGUGUUUAAUGAAAUGUUUUUUGAGGUCAUGAAAUGUUUGUGCAGUUGGCCCCCUGGACCAUCACAGUUUUCACCCCAGACAGACUUUCCUAAAAGCUCCCUCUCCUGGGAUCAAACCUUGAGUCUCUACUCGUGAAUCUAUUCUUUUGAAAGUGUUUCCUGUCAGUGAAGAUAAUUCCCUUACAAAGUUUCAUACCCUUACAUUUUCUAACAAUAUUUGUCAUUGUCUGUGUACUACAGCUGUUCAGGCCUCUGUCCAGAGAACAAAAAGGAUGUUAAAAACUAAGCCUGGAAUACCUACAUGGAUAUUUAAGGGUCAACAAAAGCCAUUGUUUCAGUGCAGCAAUGUGGAAAUGGGAAAAACUUCAACUGUGUUUGGGAAUCAGCACCACAGAAGCACAAAGUCGGCUGACACUGUGGCGGCCUUCAUGCCGAACUCUGCUUUCUGUGGUCAGCAUGUUGCUCAGUUUAUUCCUCUGGGCCUGACUGGAAUAACUGAACAACUAUCACACUUGUUGUUGUAAAAUGUUUUCACCGUCCUUUGAGGAUGAAUCCUGCUUUCUUUUGUCUUUUCUUCUUGCUCUAGAGUCACACCUUGAUUCCAUCUGAGUUGUACCCUCUAGAGAUGAUCAGACCCUCUCUUGUCAGUGCUUGAGUUUCCACAAGGAGCAGUACAGUCCCAGCAGGGUCCCUCAGGUACAUGACAAGUCUGUUUCAAGUGUCAGGAUUAACCCAGCAGAACAAAUUUUCCCUCCUCCUGUGGAAGUCAGACACAGGAGCGUCAGAGAGCAUCAGCCCUAGGGGGGCGAGUUUGGUCCAGUCAUCAAAUUACAUGCCCCAUAUACAGAGGCUUUAAGCAAGAGACUUGGGUUCAAUUCUGAUGCACAACCUAUUGUCACUUGCCCACUCAGACUAUUUAUCAUCGUAACCUCGAUUCAUGUUCAGCCAGACAUAAUAUGGACUCCUCUGUUUGUAUUGACUGUAUACCUGGAAAUACAGUAAUGAUACAAAGCUUAUUAUUGUAUGACACAGGAUUUUACAGCAUAGGAUGAUACAAGAUACAACAUAUUCAACCUCCUGUUAUUAGCUCCUGCUGGAGUAAUCUGCUGCAGAGCAUCAAAUCUUGAUGUUAGCAUUAAUGAUGUUGCCUUUUUCUGAAGUCUGCAUCCCUUUUGACUUUGAAUAGAAGCUAGCAGCUAUGGGUUAUGACAGUGUUUUGAUGCUUUUACCACCAUUGAUGCUAGUCUCAAUUUAAUAAUUAUUGAAAAAGAGAUUUGGAUUGUCAGAGCUUAACUUGGCAUGAAAUUAUUAGAAAAGCUAACCAUUGCUGACUUGCAAGGUGUUUUUCGCUGUUUUUUUUUUUUUUUUGACAAUGGCUGCAGUUAAGAUGGGUGUCCCUGAAAUUUUGAGAUCAAACUUGGUGCCGUUUCAGCAGAGACAUACUGUGCAUUUGAUAAAGAAACCCCUCAGACUACAUGCUUUUGUAACAGCAAGUUAAUCCAGCGAUGUUAAACAUUAAAAUUAGUCAUUAGUUUUUAAUGAUCAGCACGGAAAGUGAGUCACACUGAAAGUGUGUUUUACUCUUUGAGCUGUUAACUGACAGUAUACCUUUGUUUCCCCUGUCAUCUGAGAUCGCUGUUGUUAAUUUGAUGUUUUUAAUAACCUUUAUGGGAACAGAUUGAUAAAUUAAUUGAAUAUUUACUCUUGUUUUCAUAUUAUAGAGUGAAAUAUUUGUAUCUAUAAGCUGAGGUGUGUCCUGCAAGCUUGUUGUCAACACUUCACCCUAACACAGAGAGAUGAACAUAAUGAGAUUUCAGUGUGUGAAAUAUAACGUGAGGAAUAAUGUUCAUUCAGUGUAUAUUUUUCUAUUUCCCCUCUCGCUCUGUCUCCUCCACACUCUUCUGCCAUGAACCACAGCAUGAAGAUGGAAGCUGACGUGCUGUGAGGAUUUGCUUAAUUUAGCCAAAUAAAUGAGAUUUUAUAAGCCCUGUCUUGCCAAAGCUUAUUACUGUCAGAGCAUCACUGUGAUGGGAUGGUUGUGCAGAGGGUUACAGGGCCUGUUGGAGAUGAGGGAUGAGGCAAGCAGAGCUGAAACUGCUCCUCCUCUCCUCUUGGAGAGACUUAAGUGGAAGGUAAGAACUUCAGAAGUGCUUUCUUGCUAUUUAAUGUACUAAGACUAAGAUUCGCUUUGGUAGAACAGUUGUAUCGUAUCAACACAGGGGAAAGUUAGACUUUGUAUUAGUUUCCUUCGUAU